AUGCAGUGUGGACACAAAGAAACAAACACACAUCAGAGGUGAGAUAUUCCCCUCUCUCAUUCUCACAUACACCCCUCUCUCUCUCUCUCUCUCUCUCUCUCUCUCUCUCUCUCUCUCUCUCUCUCUCUCUCUCUCUCUCCUCUCUCUCUCUCUCUCUCUCUCUCUCUUCUCUCUCUCUCUCUCUCUCUCUCUCUCUCACACACACACACAAAAGAGGGAGAGAGAGGCAUACAGAGAGUGAGAGAGAGAGAUAAAGAGAGAGAGAGAGAAAGAAAGAGAGCACAGUUAAGAACAAUAACUAACACUCAUUUUUCCUGUAGGCCCUACUUUUCAUGCUGAGUAACAGCAAUGUCUUGAAAGUCCCUAUUUUCAUCUCCCAGGUGAAUAAAUACUGAACAUGCCUGCUUCACUAGUACUUUGCUUUCAAGUUCCAAUCUCUUUGAGGGAUUUUUCAAACCCUUUUGAUGAUUUUUAUCCUAUUGACUGUACAAUUAUGCCGUAAGCACACAAUUUCCCUUUUUUCAUCCUGCUAUUAAAUGAAACUGAAGAUAAAGUAACAAAAUCAUUACAGCAUUUAUCUUAAUUGCCUCGGGUAUUGUGCGAGGAUGUGUGUGAGGGUUUUGCUGAGUGUGGCUUCUUUUCUUGCACUCAGUCGCUGCUCAGCAGGAGGUGGCCUGUAGCUGAGGCGUACUGCAGAGGAUUACACACAUGGAUAUUCACCGGGGAUUUACACAACCUUCACUUUGCAGUUAGUUUCCUGCCAAUCUGUAUCUGCCUCUCUUCAACUCAACUGAGACUUUUUUUUAUAGACAAUUUAUUUAUUCUACUUUUUUAUUUUUUGUACACAAAACAACCAAGGCAUUAAACAAAACAAAACACAAAUACAUAGGGAGAUUUUUUUCCUGAUAAAUGUAAUGCUAUUUCAUGGCCAUGUUAGUACUUUAUGUGCCAUUAAGGAAACACAAAAAUCAUUCCCAUAUCUUUUUGGAGUUUGUAUUAUUUGUCUCCAGUCUCUUUUCUAACAUGAUUUCAUACACUGUUGUUUUUAUCAACAUAUUCAUCCAGAGCUUUUCCAACCUAAACAUAAUAUUUCAAAUUCUGUCUGGUUAAUCCCUCUUAUUUCAGACUUGUUACUCAACAGACAGUCUUGGUGACCUAGGUACAUGGAAUCAAAGGCAAUCUCCCAUGCACUGUAAGGCUUUGUCCCAUAGGGCGUGAACAACUGGGCAUUCCCACAGUGCAUGUAUGAGAGUUCCUUUUGCCACUUCACAUCGCAAACACACAUCAUCCUAUGACAAACCAUCCUAUGUAACCUUCAAAUUGAAAUACUUUAAAUUGUAUACCUUUUCCCUACGCUUCUCUGACAUUUUGCCCAAUAUUUGAAAUAAUUUACAUCCAUGUCUUCUUAUCUAGCUCACAUUGUAAAUCCCUUUGCCACACAAUUCUCAAGUUUUCAUAGGUGUCAUUUUUAACCUUUAACAGCAUUUUGUAACAUAAAGAAGCUGAUUGUACAGGUAGAAAAUAAAUAUUCCACAUUGUUGACUUUUUUCAUAAUGGCACCACCUAGUGUUGACACACCGCUUUAAUUUGCAUAUAUCUCCAUAGGUCAUGAUCAAAACGUUUAUAUUUAUUCCCCAUUUCUUCAAAUGACAAAAAUACCUAAUUCUUGUGCAGGUCUCCCAAAGUAUGAACCCUUCUCUUACCCAUUUUCCCCACAUUAUUGACAGUUUACCCACACAAAUAGCAGGAUUAUAUCAUACAGAAGCAUACUGUAUCUAUGUGGAGACUCUUUGAUCCUUUUAUGUAUUGACAACCACACUGCCCUAGAAUGGCACAGAAUUUGAUUGAUGCCCUGAAUAUCUGUAUUAUUGGCUAUCUUUUGGAAUAGAAUAUGUAAUGGUCCAAAAGGAGUUGUCAAACCACUUUCCAAUGUAACCCAUCUCUCCUCAACCUCCUCUCUCCUCCAGUGCUUAGCCAUUCUGGUAUAGCUCGAAAGCCAAAUUGUACAGUUCCGCAUGGAUUUUCUGCAUACUGAUGCAUGGUCUUUUUCCACACACAUAUAAAGUCUUAAUAAUACCAUUACACUGCUUAAAAAUGUAUGAUGGAAUGCAUAUCGCUAGCAUCAUUGAAAUAUAAUUAAACUUAGGAACAACCAUCCAUUUUAAUGAAAUACAUUUUUCCACAUAAACUAAGAUUUCACAUCUUCCACUGGAAGCAUAUUGAUAUCCACUAUCUUAUUAAACUCUGAUGUCAAUAUAAUCCCCAGAUAUUUCAUACCCGAUUGCAUCCACUUGAAAUUAAAAGGGGUAACCAUUGCUGAUGGGCAUAUUGUAGAGACUGGCAUAGCCUCAGAUGUAUGCCAAUUAACCUUAUAUCCAGAAAUAACAGAAAAUAUCUCCACAGUUUUGAGCAGUGGUGAGAUUGAUGACAUGGGGUGUUUAAUCAGCAACAAAAUGUAUCAACAGCAUUUAAGAACAAAUUAUGUUCCUCUCCCCCAUUAUAAACUCCCUGAAUAUCUGGAUUUCCAAUUACAGAGAUAGCCAGAUGCUCGAACACUAUCAAAAACAGUAAAGGAGAAAGUGGGUCUCCCUGUUUUGUAGAUCUACAGUGCAUUCAGAAAGUAUUGAGACCCCUUGACUUUUUCCACAUUUUGUUACAUUACAGCCUGACUGAAAAACAGCUUCUAUCUCAAGGCCAUCAGACUGUUAAAUAGCCAUCACUAGCCGGCUACCACCCGGUUACUCAACCCUGCACCUUUGAAGCUGCUGCCCUAUAUACAUAAAUUAAAUCAAAUCAAAUGUUAUUGGUCACAUACUCGUGUUUAGCUGAUGUUAUUGCGGGUGUAGCGAAAUGCUUGUGUUUCUAGCUCCGACAGUGCAGUAAUAUCUAACAAGUAAUAUCUAACAAUUUCACAACACAUACCCAAUACACACAAAUCUAAGUAAAGCAAUGGAAUUAAGAAUAUAUACAUAUAUGGAUGAGCAAUAAACAUUAUUAAAGUAACUAGUGUUCCAUUUACUAAAGUGGCCAGUAAUUUCUAAUCUAUGUAUAUAGGCAGCAGCCUCUAAUGUGCUAGUGAAGGCUAUUUAACAGUCUGAUGGCCUUGAGAUAGAAGCAGUUUUUCAGUCUCUGUCCCAGAUUUGAUGCACCUGUACUGACCUCGCCUUCUGGAUGAUAGCGGGGUGAACAGGCAGUGGCUUGGGUGGUUGUUGUCCUUGAUGGUAUUUUUGGCCUUCCUGUGACAUCGGGUGCUGUAGGUGUCCUGGAGGGCUGGUAGUUUGCCCCAGGUGAUACGUUGGGCAGACCGCACCACCCUCUGGAGAGCCCUGCGGUUGCAGGCGGUGCAGUUGCCGUACCAGGCAGUGAUACAGCCCGACAGGAUGCUCUCAAUUGUGCAUCCGUAAAGGUUUGUGAGGGUUUUAGGUGCCAAGCCAAAUUUCUUCAGCCUCCUGAGGUUGAAGAGGCACUGUUGCGCCUUCUUCACCACACUGCCUGUGUGGGUGGACCAUUUCAGUUUGUCAGUGAUGUGUACACCAAGGAACUUGAAGCUUUCCACCUUCUCCACUGAAGUCCCAUCGAUGUGAAUAGGGGGGUGCUCCCUCUGCUGUUUCCUGAAGUCCACGAUCAUCUACUUAGUUUUGUUGACGUUGAGUGAGAGGUUAUUUUCCUGGCACUACACUCCCAGAACCCUCACCUCCUCCCUGUAGGCUGUCUCGUCAUUGUUGGUAAUCAGACCUUCUACUGUUGUGUCGUCUGCAAACUUGAUGAUUGAGUUGGAGGUGUACUUGGCCACGCAGUCAUGGGUGAACAGGGAGUGCAGGAGGGGGAUGAGCACGCACCCUUGUGGGGCCGCAGUGUUAAAGAUCAGCGAAGUGGAGGUGUUGUUUCCUACCUUCACCACCUGGGGGCAGCCUGUCAGGAUGUCCAGGACCCAGUUGCACAGGGUGGGGUUCACACCCAGGGCCUUGAGCUUAAUGAUGAGACAUGGCAUCACUGGUCACUUUAAUAAUGGAACACUAGUCACUUUAAUUGGUUUACGUACUGCUUUACUAAUUUCAUAUGUGUAUACUGUAUUCUAUUCUACUGUAUUUUAGUCAAUGCCACCCUGACGUUACUCAUCCUAAUAUUUAUAUAUAUAUUGUAUUAAUUCCGUUAUUUUACUUUUAUUUUUGUGUGUAUUAUUGUGAAUUGUUAGAUACUACUGCACAGUUGGAGCUAGGAACACAAGUAUUUCGCUACACCCGCAAUAACAUCUGCUAAAUAUGUGUAUGUGACUAAUAAAAUUUGAUUUGAUUUGAGAUGUUCGAUUGGGUUCAAGUCCGGUGUCUGGCUGGGCCUCUCAAGGACAUUCAGAGAUUUGUCCCGAAGCCACUCCUGCGUUGUCUUGGCUGUGUGCUUAGGGUCGUUGUCCUGUUGGAAGGUGAACCUUCGACACAGUCAGGUCCUGAGCGCUCUGGAGCAGGUUUUCAUCAGGAUCUCUCUGUACUUUACUCCGUUCAUCUGUCCCUAGAUCGUGACUAGUCUCCCAAUCCCCACAACAUGAUGCUGCCACCACCAUGCUUCACCUUAGGGAUGGUGCCAGGAUUUCUCCAGACGUGAUGUUUGGUAUUCAGGUCAAAGAGUUCAAUCUUGGUUUCAUCAGAGAAUCUUGUUUCUCAUGGUCUGAGAGUCCUUUACGUGCCUUUUGGCAAACUCCAAGUGGGUCGUCAUGUGCCUUUUACUGAGGAGUGGCUUCCGUCUGGCCAAUCUACCAUAAAGGCCUGAUUGGUGGAGUGCUGCAGAGAUGGUUGCCCUUCUGGAAGGUUCUCCCAUCUCCACAGAGGAACUCUGGAGCACUGUCAGAGGGACCAUCGGGUUCUUGGUCACCUCCCUGACCAAGGCCCUUCUCCCUCAAUUGCUCAGUUUGGCCGGGCAGCCAGCACUAGCAAGUGUCUUGGUGGUUCCAAACUUCUUCCAUUUAAGAAUGAUGGAGGCCACUGUGUUCUUGGAGACCUUCAAUGCUGCAGAUAUUUUUUGGUACCCUUCCCCAGAUCUGUGCCUCGACGUAAUCCUGUCUCGGAGCAAUUCCUUUGACCUCAUGUCUUGGUUUUUCCUCUGACAUGCACUGACAACUGUGGGACCUUACAGUGCCUUGCAAAAGUAUUCAUCCCAAUUGCCGUUUUUCCUAUUUUGUUGCAUUACAACCUGUAAUUUAAAGACCAAAGAUAACCCUGAAGGAGCUGCAAAGCUCCACAGCAGAGAUUGGAGUAUCUGUCCAUAGGACCACUUAGGACCACUUUGUGGUCCUCUGUAGCUCAGCUGGUAGAGCACGGCGCUUGUAACGCCAAGGUAGUGGGUUCGAUCCCCGGGACCACCCAUACACAAAAAUGUAUGCACGCACGACUGUAAGUCGCUUUGGAUAAAAGCGUCUGCUAAAUGGCAUAUUACAUUACAUUACAAUUUUUUAAGCUAUACACUCCACAGAGUUGGCCUUUAUGGAAGAGUGGCCAUAAAAAAGCCAUUGCUUAAAGAAAUAAAUAAACAAACACGUUUGGUCUUCACAUGUGGAAGACUCCCCAAACAUAUGGAAGAAGGUACUCUGGUCAGAUGAGACAAAAAUUGAGCUUUUUGGUCAUCAAGGAAAACGCUAUGUCUGGCGCAAACCCAACACCUCUCAUCACCCCGAAAACACCAUCCCCACAGUGAAGCAUGGUGGUGGCAGCAUCAUGCUGUGGGGAUGUUUUUCAUCGGCAGGGACGGGGAAACUGGUCAGAAUUGAAGGAAUGAUGGAUGGUGCUAAAUACAGGGAACUUCUUGAGGGAAACCUGUUUCCCUCUUCCAGAGAUUUGAGACUGGGACAGAGGUUCACCUUCCAGCAGGACAAUGACCCUAAGCAUACUGCUAAAGCAACACUUGAGUGGUUUAAGGGGAAACAUUUAAAUGUCUUGGAAUAUCCUAGUCAAAGCCCAGACCUCAAUCCAAUUGAGAAUCUGUGGUAUGACUUAAAGAUUGCUGUACACCAGUGGAACCCAUCCAACUUGAAGGAGCUGGAGCAGUUUUGCCUUGAAGAAUGGGCAAAAAUCCCAGUUGCUAGAUGUGCCAAGUUUAUAGAGACAUACCCCAAGAGACUUGCAGCUGUAAUUGCUGCAAAAGGUGGCUCUACAAAGUAUUGAUUUUGGGGGGGUGAAUAGUUAUGCAUGCUCAAGUUUUCUGUUUUUUUGUCUUAUUUCUUGUUUGUUUCACAAUAAAAAAUAUUUUGCAUCUUCAAAGUGUUAGGCAUGUUGUGUAAAUCAAAUGAUACAAACCCCCCAAAAAUCCAUUUUAAUUCCAAGUUGUAAGGUAACAAAAUAGGAAAAAUGCCAAGGGGGGUGAAUACUUUCGCAAGCCACUGUAUGUAGACAGGUGUGUGCCUUUCCAAAUCAUGUCCAAUCAAUUGAAUUUACCACAGGUGGACUCCAAUCAAGUUGUAGAAACAUCUCAAGGAUGAUCAAUGGAAACAGGAGGCCAUGAGCUCAAUUUCAAAUCUCAUAGCAAAGGGUCUGAAUACUUAUGUAAAUAAGGUAUUUCAGUUUUUUAUCUUUAAUACAUUUGCAAACAUUUCUAAAAGCCUGUUUUCGCUUUGUCAUUAUGGGGUAUUGUGUGUAGAUUGAUGAGGACAUUUUUUAUUUAAUCCAUUUUAGAAUAAGGCUGUAACGUAACAAAACGUGGAAAAAGGGAAGGGGUCUGAAUACUUUCCGAAUGCACUGAUAAUUUAAAACAUUUAGAAAUCAUUCCAUUAGUCUGUACAGCUGCCCUUGGACUGGAAUACAGGACAUCAAUCCAAUUCAUAAACCCAGGACCAAAACCUAUACUACUGAGGACAAAUGUAAUACCUUCUCUUCAUUAAGAGACAAAGCAGUGACAGGCCAGGAUGCAGACUUAUUCAGCCACAUGAGAUGCAACAAACAUCUGUAGCUAUCACCUGAGUUCCUAUUUUUGACAAAGCCAACCUGGUCAGUGUGGAAGAUAUUGGGAAUAGUUUUCUCCAGUCUAGAGGACAUAAUCUUAGAUAGCACCUUUCCAUCUACAUUACUAAGGCUGAUGGGUCUAUACCUUCCAGGGUCGGUCAAUUCUUUAGCCUUUCUGGGGAUUAAAGUUAUUAGUGCUUCCUUUUUUAUGCAUUCUUUACCCCAUUUUCUCCCCAAUUGGUAGUUAGAGUCUAGUCUCAUCGCUUCAACUCCCCUAUGGAUUCGGGAGAGGCGAAGGUCGAGCGUCCUCCGAAACAUGACCCUGCCAAGCUGCGCUGCUUCUUGACACACUGCUCGCUUAACCCGGAAGCCAGCCGCACCAACGUGUGGGAGGAAGCACAGUCCAGCUGGUGACCAGAGUCAGCUUGCAGGCACCCGGCCCGCCACAAGGAGUCGCUAGAGCGCGAUGGCCAACCCCUCCCCUAACCCGGACAACGCUGGGCCAAUUGUGCGCCGCCUCAUGGAUCUCCCGGUUACGGCCGGCUGUGAUACAGCCCGGGAUCGAACCCAGGUCUGUAGUGACGCCUCAAGCACAGCAAUGCAGUGCUUUAGAACGCUGCGCCACACGGGAGGCCUUAUUAGUGCUUCCUUAAAUGAAUAAGGAAGAGUAUUCAAUUGCACUGCUUCAGUGAAUACUUCAGUCAGUAUAGGGGCUAGUAUAUCUACUUAAGACCUUCCAGGGUCGGUCAGGUCUUUACAAUUUGGAGGAAUUAAAGUCAUUAGUACUUCCUUAAAUGAAACAGGAAGAGUAUUCAAUUGCACUGCUGCAGUCAAUACUUCAGUCAAUAUAGGGGCUAGUAUAUCUACAUAAGACUUGUAAUACUGUACUGGUAGGCCAUCUAAACCUGGUGAUUUUCCAUUACUUAGCUGGGCAAUAAACUUUCUAACCUCCACCUCUCAAAUGGGUGCAUCCAUACACCCAGCUUGUUCUGAAGAAAUUUCAGGCAAAUUUAAUGCACCAAAAACAUUAUUGUAAUCUGCAUCCACUGAGUUAUCCUCUGACUGGUAUAGACUCUUGUAAAACUCAUAGAAGUCAGUAGCCUACAGAGUAAUAUGAGAAUGCAAUUGCUGAAUUUAUGUUGAUAUUCUAAACUCAUUGUUUUUGAUAACUUUCAAAUGUAGUAACAGGUCCAUGUGGAAUAAACAAACCUUUACAUAAUACAAUAGAAGCAGUGUUCUGCUAUUAUAACAAUGUGCACGUUUCAUCUUUCAUUGUCAUUCCCAGAUUAUCCAUAUACUGUGCUAAUUGGCAUUUUGUCUGGUGGUAAUGGGGCCACUUUGGCAAACAUGUCAGAGUGGUCAUACCUUCCUGGUGUCCUGUAUACAACAGGAUUUCCCCGAUCCUGGUGCAGAAUAAAUUGACUGAUACCAUUAAAUUCAAUAAUAAAAAAAAACAAUACAAGUCAAGAUUGUGUCUAGUAAAAAUGUUAUGCCGAGUGCCAGGUCUCUCUACAUUCAGCGAUAUCAGAAUCAAACCCGUCUGCCAGUCUGGACUUCAUCACAUCAUUUUGCAUCAUUUUUGUGCUGGCUCCAUACAUGUUUCUGUGAACACAUUCACACAUAGUCACCGUUCUAUUACCAAUGGCAGUUAGGAUAGGGAAUAUCUGACACACAAACAGGUACUAUGUUGAAGUUUGAACAGGCCUAAUUCUGUUCUCCCCAUCGACGACCGUUGCUACUCUGUUAAUUAUUUAUGCAUAGUCACUUUAACUCUACCCACAUGUACAUAUUACCUCAACUACCUCAACUAGCCGGUGCCCCCGCACAUUGACUCUGCACCGGUACCCCCCUGUAUAUAUAGCCUCCCUACUGUUAUUUCUUUUAACUUCUGCUCUUUUUUUCUCAACACUUUUUUGUUGUUGUUUUAUUUAACUUUUUUUUAUAAAAUAAUUAAUGCAUUGUUGAUUAAGGGCUGUAAGUAAGCAUUUCACUGUUGUAUUCGGCGCAUGUGGCCAAUAACAUUUUAUUUUAUUUUAUUUGAAGAGGUGAGGCUGGAGGUGGGGUCUUUGCCAGAAACCCAUUGAUGGGCAUAGCAGCGUAGAUCACCUGCUGGACCCUCAUCAAAAAUGCAGGUCGAUCACACACACACACACACACACAAACAGAGCACUGAUUGGAACCAACCUAAUCGCUGCGUUCACCUUUCUAUUUCACUUCAGAUAUCAUAAAAUGUGAAGUAAAAUAGAAUGGUGAACACAGCGAUCAGGCUGGUUCCACCAGCCUAGGCUAUUCCCUCAACAUUAUAUGCAUCUAAGAAGUAGAAAAUAAGCAACAAAUAAUGUCAGUUUACAUAUAUUACGUUUCACAAUUGGGUUAUCAAAUGUAUCAAAGUAAUGAAGUGGGUUACCUUCUGUAUUUGUACAAAUGAUGAGCCUGUGAAAGCUACUGCCGCUGACAGGGAAAGGUUCCUGGCAGGAUACUUGCCAACAUGUGGCUGACUGUUCCAUUCAUAGGAAUGCUCACAGCGAAGGCAUGUCUGCAUGAUGCUGAUGUGGGCCCCCUUGCUGGGCUUUUCUAUGCUGCAAACUCGACAUCUCUCGAACAACUGCAGCAGGCAAUCUUAUGAGGUGGUGUUGACUAGGAGGGCCUGUGACAGGGUGAUAUAAUUGACAACCAAGUGGUAUAUUGCAUUUUGUUCUAAAGAAAGGACAAUGCACUUCACAACCAAAAUGACCCUUUUAGUUGUACCUACUAUUCUAUCAAGCCGGGUAUUUUUUAAUACAUCUUUUCACAUUUCACAUAACACACAUUACCUGUCAUUGUUGAUGAAGCUGUCUGUGUCAUCAGGGAAGUAACUUGCGUCACUAUCAGAGGCCUCAUGAUGCCGUGUCCUUUUCAUAGGAGUCGAGGGAGGUCCAAAAGGCUUCUUAACAGCUUCUACCCCCAAGCCAUAAGACUGCUGAACAGCUAAUCAAAUGGCUACCCCACCCCCCCACCCUUUUUACACUGCUGCUACUCGCUGUUCAUUAUCUGUGCCUAGUCACUUUACCCCUACAUACAUGUACAUAUUACCUCAAUUACCUUGACUAACCUGUACAUUUUACAUUUUAGUGAUUUAGCAGACACUCUUAUCAAGAGCGAUUUACAGUUAGUGAGUGCAUACAUUUUUCAUACUUUUUGGUCAGGUGGGCCUUGAACCCCCGCACAUUGACUCGGUACCGGUACCCUCUGUAUAUAGCCUUGUUAUUGUUAUUUUAUUUUUACUCAUUUAUUUUUUUACUUUAGUUUAUUUAGUAAAUAUUUUAUUAACUCUUAUUUUUCUUAAAACUGCAUUUUUGGUUAAGGGCUUGUAAGUAAGCAUUUCACGGUAAGGUCUACACCUGGUGUAUUCGGCGCAUGUGACAAAUAAAAUGUGAUUUGAUUUGAGACUCUGGCAACAAUGAGGAGGUGUCGCAAGGGUACUUGUGUUGCAUGACACAAUUUGCUUUCGAGAUCUUGCCUGACAAGCUGUGAAAAUAGCAAGUGAACAGUGAAUUAAAUGAUUUUUUGGAGCUCACUAAACGAUUGCAACCACAUUGCUGGACCUGUUAUGAUUCCCACCUUUGCUCCUUCUGGUAGGUCCCGGCACCCAACUGUGCCCUUUGUCUAUCAGAAAAACAGGGCCGACGAUUAUCAUCACCCCUCAAUAAUAAACAUAGCUCGAGAAAUAAACGUCAUCUCGUUUGGAAGCUAUGCUUUACAGACUGGGUCCAGAUUGGAUUAGAUUCAGGUCGAUGACGCUGUUACACUAUGCAAUCAACUGUGACAUGUUUUGCUAUGGCCCUGAAUUGGUUUGAGUUUGUUGCUGCUAGUUAAUACAAUUUUGUAGUCAGACAUGAGUUAGCUAGUAUCACCAUAGCUGCAUCCAAUAUUUAUUUGUGCCCUAGACAUUGGUUGCACCUCAGAGGCUAGUGACUGUUUAGUCUAAAUUACACUAACUUAGAGUGGCAUAGAAAUAUGAUGACAUUGCUAAAGUACGCAAAUAAUUAGCAGGAAACAACUUUGCCAUAUUAUGAUGUUGUCAUAUUUACUUUAGAGAGAUGGCAAUGUUGCCAUUACUGUUACUCGCAAAGUUUUUCAAAAAUAGCUAGCAAUGCUAAUUUCAGCUAGCUAAAAUACAUUGGUCCCCUCAAUCUUAGUUAGCUGGCUAAAGUUAUACUGCAUCUAAAGUCAAUCUGGUGACAUCACAAUCAUGACAAAAGGUUUUCCUCGUAAUGAUUUGCCUUCUUUUUAAAUGUUAUUGUGUUUCCAAGCCAAAUCCGAGUUGUAUUGAGGUAGGCUAAUGUUAGCCAGCUAGCUAGCUAGUUAGGUAGCUAGCUAGCUAGUUGGUAGCUAGCUAGCUAACUAAAGUCAGCUAUUCUAGUGAUAAUAGUGAUAAUAAUGAUUAUCAAAAUACAGUGAGGGAAAAAAGUAUUUGAUCCCCUGCUGAUUUUGUACGUUUGCCCACUGACAAAGAUCAGUCUAUAAUUUUAAUGGUAGGUUUAUUUGAACAGUGAGAGACAGAAUAACAACAAAAAUAUCCAGAAAAAUGCAUGUCAAAAACGUUAUAAAUUGAUUUGCAUUUUAAUGAGGGAAAUAAGUAUUUGACCCCCCCUCAAUCAGAAAGAUUUCUGGCUUCCAGGUGUCUUUUAUACAGGUAACGAGCUGAGAUUAGGAGCACACUAUUAAAGGGAGUGCUCCUAAUCUCAGCUUGUUACCUGUAUAAAAGACACCUGUCCACAGAAGCAAUCAAUCAAUCAGAAUCCAAACUCUCCACCAUGACCAAGACCAAAUAGCUCUCCAAGGAUGUCAGGGACAAGAUUGUAGACCUACACAAGGCUGGAAUGGGCUACAAGACCAUCGCCAAGCAGCUUGGUGAGAAGGUGACAACAGUUGGUGUGAUUUUUCACAAAUGGAAGAAACACAAAAGAACUGUCAAUCUCCCUCGGCCUGAGGCUCCAUGCACGCCGGGCGGGAGGAGGGGAGCCGGAGGAGGGCUAGAACUCCUCCGAACGGUCCGAGUGAACGUCCUCAUCCUCGGAGGAAGCCGGAGGGCCGUGGUCGGGAGAUGGGACAGGUCCCGAGACAGGAUCAGGCACAGGACAGGAAGCCGAGCGGGCCGGACGGUUAGGGACCCCUCUGGGGCGGCCCCUACGGAUUGCAGGUUGAUCAGGAUGCCGUUGGUGGAAAGCGGUGAUGAGAGUCCUAUCCACAAUCCGACUAGCUGGCACCCAGGUCCUUUCCUCAGGUCCAUAGCCCUCCCAGUCAAUGAGGUACUGGAGACCCCUACCCCUCCGUCUGGACCGAAGCAGGCGGCGGACGGUGUAAACCAGACCACCAUCGACGAGCCGUGGAGGAGGAGGACCAGGCGCAGCAGGGACCAGCGGACUCUCAUGGAUGGGCUUAAUCUUAGACACAUGGAAAGUGGGGUGCACCCUCAGGGAAUUAGGCAGUUGGAGCCGGACAGCAGUUGGGCUAAUCACUCUUAUGAUAGGGAAUGGGCCAAUGAACCGAGGUGCCAGCUUCUGCGACUCCACCCUGAGUGGCAGGUUCUUCGAUGACAACCACACCCUUUGACCAACAUGGUAGGUGGGAGCAGGAAUUCUCCGACGGUUGGCCCCGGUAGUGUAGCUGGCAACGGAUCUGAGGAGUGUGGCUCGGGCUUGUGACCAGGUGCGGCGACAUCGACGGGCAAAAGCAAGUGCAGAUGGGCAAGUAACCUCCUCCUCCUGGCUGGCAAAUAGAGGAGGCUGGUAUCCAUAAACACAUUGGAAAGGGGACAUACCGAUGGCAGAGCAGGUCAGAGAAUUGUGUGCGUACUCCACCCAUGUCAAUUGCUGCGACCAGGAGUGGGGGUUGCGUGAAGUCAUGCAUCGCAGUGCCUUCUCGAGCUCCUGAUUAGCCCGCUCUGACUGCCCAUUGGAUUGGGGAUGGAAUCCGGAAGUCAGACUGACUGUGGCUCCCAGCAGGUGACAGAACUCCUUCCAAAAAGCGGAGGAGAAUUGUGGACCACGGUCAGAAACUACAUCCCUUGGCAGUCCGUGGAUCCGGAAGACGUGUUCCAGGACCACCUGGGCGGUCUCCUUGGCGGUUGGGAGCUUGGGGAGGGGAAUGAAGUGUGCCAUCUUGCUGAAACGGUCAACGAUGGUGAGAAUGACGGUCAUGCCACUUGAAGGGGGCAGCCCCGUGACAAAGUCAAGGGCGAUGUGAGACCAGGGACGUCUGGGCACAGGCAGGGGCUGCAGCAAUCCGGCUGGGGGCUGGCAGGACGACUUGUGUUGGUUGCAGAUGGGGCAGGCUUGGACGAAUUCCCGUACAUCCUUCCUCAGAGAUGGCCACCAGAACCUCUGGGCGAGCAGGUUGUAAGUGCGGGUGGAGCCAGGGUGACAAGCUAGGCGGGAGUCAUGUCCCCACUGAACGACCUGGGACCUCAGGUCUUCGGGGACAAAAAGGCGGUCAGCUGGGCAAGUGCUGGGACCUGGCUGGUUACGGAGAGCCUCCAGCACCUGUUCCUCAACAGCCCAGGUCAGAGCUGCAACGAUGCAGGGACUUGGCAGAAUCGACACAGGGUCCUUGGAGGGGGUGUCAUCCUUCUGGAAUUGACGGGAGAGGGCGUCUGGCUUGGUGUUGCGUGAUCCAGGCCGGUAUGACAGAGUGAAAUUAAACCUGGUGAAGAACAGGGCCCAGCGGGACUGCCUGGAGUUCAACCGUUUGGCCGUGCGGAUGUACUCCAAGUUCUUAUGAUCGGUCCAAACGAGAAAUGGAAUGGUGGACCCCUCCAGCCAGUGACGCCACUCCUCCAAGGCAAGCUUCACAGCCAGCAGCUCACGGUUCCCUAUGUCGUAAUUGCACUCAGAGGGGGACAACCGACGUGAGAAAAAGGCACAGGGAUGGAGCUUCCUAUCCUCCGCAGCCCACUGAGAAAUCACAGCACCAACUCCCACAUCCGAGGCGUCCACCUCCACAAUGAAUUGCCGGUCCACAUCAGGCAUCUGGAGGAUGGGAGCGGAGGUGAACCUCACCUUGAGGGUACUGAAGGCCUUGUCGGCUGCUGGGGUCCAGGUGAAGGGUUGCUUGGUGCUGGUUAGAGCAGUGAGAGGGGCAGCAACGGUACUGUAGUUCCGGAUAAACUUCCUAUAGAAGUUAGCAAACCCCAGAAACUGUUGCAGCUUCUUUCUGUUCUCCGGAACUGGCCAUGAAGUGACUGCUGAUACUUUGGCAGGAUCCAUUUGGAUACUUCCCUCUGCCACUAUGUACCCCAGGAAGGCCACUGUCUUGACGUGAAACUCACAUUUCUCUGCCUUGGCGUAGAGGGAAUUCUCCAGAAGACGAUGAAGGACUUGCUGGACAUGGCGGGUGUGUUCAGACAGGUUUCUGGAGUAGAUUAAGAUGUCAUCCAGGUAAACGAAGACAAACUUGUUUAACAUGUCCCGCAGUACAUCAUUCACUAGAGCCUGGAACACAGCAGGAGCAUUGGUGAGGCCAAAAGGCAUAACCAGAUACUCGUAGUGGCCUGUUGGUGUAUUGAAUGCGGUUUUCCAUUCAUCUCCCUCCCGGAUCCGCACUAGGUGGUAAGCGUUUCUGAGAUCCAACUUGGUAAAAACAGUGGCUCCCUGGAGCAACUCAAAAGCAGAGGUGAGCAGAGGCAGAGGGUAACGGUUUUUCACUGUGAUGUCGUUGAGUCCCCUGUAGUCGAUGCAGGGGCGAAGAGAUCCGUCCUUCUUCCCCACAAAGAAGAAGCCAGCACCAGCAGGAGAUGAAGAUGAACGGAUUAAUCCUGCGGACAGAGAGCCAUUGAUGUAGUCCUCCAUGGACUUUCUUUCAGGAGCAGACAACGAAUAAAGACGACCCCUUGGAGGAGCUGUUCCAGGGAGGAGGUCGAUGGCACAGUCGUACGGUCGGUGAGGGGGCAGAGAUGUGGCUCUUGCUUUGUUAAACACCUCUCUGAGACCAUGGUAGCAUUCUGGGACAUUGGAGAGGUCAGGAGCGGAGUUAGUAGGUACUGGCCGAGGGGGUAGUGCGGCAGCAAGCAGGCAGGUUCGGUGGCAGUCCUCUCCCCACUCCCUGAUCACCCCGGUCACCCAGUCGAGCUGAGGGUUGUGCCGGCGGAGCCAUGGGUAACCCAGGAUGAGGGGUUGGCCUGGAGAGGGGAGCAGGUGAAACUGGAUAGUUUCUUGAUGGUUUCCGGACAGACCCAUCGAGACCGGAGCCGUGACAUGAGUGACCGAUCCGAGUAAGUGUCCGUCCAGUGCCCGGGCAGGAAUAGGAGGUGUCAAACGGAGGUUCUCCAGUCCCAGUUGGCGUGCCAGCUUGAUGUCCAUUAUGUUGGCUUCGGCGCCAGAAUCCACCAGAGCAGCCAGGGUGUGAGUUGAGUCAGAGAGGCGGAGGUGAACUUGCAGCAGGGGUUUGCGGUCGGAGGACUGGAUGGUCAUAGAACUCAACCGGACUCCCCCUAUGCCCGGUGAGCUUCGGCCCUUUAAAGGGCAGGUUACCACACGAUGUCCAUCACCUCCACAAUAGAGGCAGAGGUUUGAGGUGAAGCGGCGCUGGCGCUCUGCAGGAGUGAGGGAGGCUCGCCCAAUCUCCAUAGGCUCAGACUGAUCAAGCUGACCUGGGUGAGUGGCAGUAGAUGACAGGAGCCCAGUCGGAUCUCUCCGAAUGCCGGUAGUAGGUGGACCUUGGCGCCCCCUCUCACGACGACGGGUCUGUAUCCUUCUGUCGAUCCUGACAGUCAGUGCGAUGGCUUCAUCAAGAGUGGAAGGCAGUUCAUGGGAGACCAACUCGUCCUUGAUAUAGUCAGCCAAACUAUGGAAGAACGCGUCCACCAACGAUGGUGUGUUCCAAGAACUUCGUCUAGCCAGGGUUCGGAAGUCGAUGGAAUGGUCUGCGACUGUACGUCUGCCUUGUCGAAUACUGAACAGUUCACGAGACGCCUCUGCGGUGGGUGAAUCCAGGUCAAACACCUUCAGCAUCUCCUCAGCAAACAGGUCGAAGGUUGCACAUGCGGGGGUUUGACGUUCGAACUCUGCUGUUCCCCAGAGUCGAGCUCGGCCCGUCAGGUGAGUGAUGGCAUACCCAACUUUAGCCCCCUCCGUGGCGAAGGUCCUUGGCUGCAAGGAGAACUGAAGUCGGCAGCUAGUCAGGAAUGGCCGGACCUGGGUUGAAUCGCCGUUGAACCGCUCGGGGUUUCCAAUCUUGGGUUCCGGAGCAGCGGCUGCAAUGACCGGGGCAGGUAACUCGGGGGCUGGGCUGGUGGGCAGACUGGCUGGGGUAAGGUUGGUGAGGAGUUGAAUGAUCAUGGCGAGUUGUUGUUGCUGCUGCUGGAACUGCUGCUCAUGCUCAUCGGUUUCCAUGUCGGGGAAAGUGUGCGCUGAGUCCAUAAUGGUCAGAUCGUACUGUCACGGUUCAGACAGACGACCAGAGGACCACAAUUGCGUCACACCAGAAAGUUUAUUAAACUUAAGGGAAAAGGGAAGUAGGGAGUGAAUGAAGGCUCCAGGGGUAACAGGGAUCCCGUCCAAUGCGCUGGGUCUGUGCCCCCCCCAGUGGCAGCGAUGCGUCCUAUGAAGCCGGUGGUGGGUGGUCCAGAAGUCCUGGGGGGGGGAGACACAGACACAACAGGGCGGAAUGAAACCAGGCAGCAGUACAGUUCAAGGGAAAUCCAAAAUACGUAGUAGCAAGGCAGAAGGCUGGUCAGAGUUACCGGGAUUGAAGAGUAGUCAGGAGUCGUAAUGGCAGAAGCAGGUCUGGAUCUCCUGAGGCAGAAGAGUAUCCAAAAAACAGGCAGGUCCGGGGUCACAAAACCAGGGUGAGCCAGAAGCGCGAGCAAACAGGUUCCGGGUGUGAGCUUUGCAGACGAUCUGACACCGGAGAGCUGAAAGACAGGGCCUUAAAUACUGGGAGAGGUAGUGGGUAAUGCAGCGCAGCUGGCAGAGUAAUUAGAGCAGAGCAGAGCAGGGACAGGUGGAGCUAGUUAGGCUGAGUAGAGAGAGUGGUGAGCAGAGUGGAAGAAAAUUAAGGUGGUAACCCGGUGGAGUGAGAGGCCCAUGACAAGUAACACACUACGCCGUGAAGGACUGAAAUCCUGCAGCGCCCGCAAGGUCCCCCUGCUCAAGAAAGCACAUAUACAGGGCCGUCUAAAGUUUGCCAAUUAACAUCUGAAUGAUUCAGAGGAGAACUGGGUGAAAGUGUUGUGGUCAGAUGAAACCAAAAUCGAGCUCUUUGGCAUCAACUCAACUUGCCAUGUUUGGAGGAGGAGGAAUGCUGCCUAUGACCCCAAGAACACCAUCCCCACCGUCAAACAUGGAGGUGGAAACAUUAUGCUUUGGGGGUGUUUUUCUGCUAAGGGGACAGGACAACUUCACUGAAUCAAAGGGACGAUGGACGGGGCCAUGUACCGUCAAAUCUCGGGUGAGAACCUCCUUCCCUCAGCCAGGGCAUUAAAAAUGGGUCAUGGAUGUGUAUUCCAGCAUGACAAUGACCCAAAAUACACCGCCAAGGCAACAAAGGAGUGGCUCAAGAAGAAGCACAUUAAGGUCCUGGAGUGGCCUAGCCAGUCUCCAGACCUUAAUCCCAUAGAAAAUCUGUGGAGGGAGCUGAAGGUUCGAGUUACCAAAUGUCAGCCUCGAAACCUUAAUGACUUGGAGAAGAUCUGCAAACAGGAGUGGAACAAAAUCCCUCCUGAGAUGUGUGCAAACCUGGUGGCCAACUACAAGAAACGUCUGACCUCUGUGAUUGCCAACAAGGGUUUUGCCACCAAGUACUAAGUCAUGUUUUGCAGAGGGGUCAAAUACUUAUUUCCCUCAUUAAAAUGCAAAUCAAUUUAUAACAUUUUUUACAUGCGUUUUUCUGGAUUUUUUUUUUGUUAUUCUGUCUCUCACUGUUCAAAUAAACCUACCAUUAAAAUUAUAGACUGAUCAUGUCUUUGUCAGUGGGCAAACAUACAAAAUCAGCAGGGGAUCAAAUACUUUUUUCCCUCACUGUAUAUAUAAGCAGAUACAUGACCAGCAGUCUGUGGUCUAUCUACCGGUAUACUCACCACUUCUGGGGACCAACGAACUCCUACCAUAUUCCGCAUGAUGAUAGAGUCCGUUCGGCUGGGCAUGCAAACCAUAGCUGUUGGCUGUGCAUCCUGGUGGAAGCAUGCAUUGCAUGGUCAAUCUGUAUAGGGCUUUUCAGUCUCAAACGGCAGUGAUCUUUGAACGCGUUGGUUGAGGGCGAUGAAACAUUGGAGCCCCCUUCAAUGAAGAGAAGCGUAGUGGGCAGAGGGGCAAUUUGCCCAUGGAGCUUGGCAAAAGGGGGCAUGAUUUGUUGAUAUAAUUGUAAUCCAAACCCAACCUUUUCCAAACUCCUUUUUAGACAAGACAGACUUUAUGACCAAAAUUAUUCUAUUUACACUUUGUAGUCAAUUUUGACACUAGAAUAAAUGUUUCUGACUCAUAUCGAUGCCACAUAGUCCGUUUUCAAAGAGAUGUGUUGUUUUUUAGUGGCAGUCGCUCUUUAAAAGCAACUUGGCAUCGAAGAAAGCACCGGCACCACAACGAAAUCAGUGGGAUCUCGCAAUUUGCAAAAAAAUUAAAAAGGGCGCGAUCAAACUAAGCUUCGGACAUCAUUGAUCACAUGGUAAAUGUUACUUUGAAACUAUCAGUCUAUGCUAUGAAACGAGCAACCUGUUUUUAUUUUUAAAAAACCUUUACAAAAGAUGAAACUGAACAGUCUAUGCUUAUCGAAACUCAUUAUUUAAAAGUUAGAAACACAAUGUAGCCAGUGUUCCAAAGAAAACGAUUUUUUAAAAUGUUUUUAUCUAGACUGGGCUUCGAUCCUGUGCCUCCACAAGACGAGAGACUCACUCGCCGCUGGGCUGUGCCACCAUCAAGUAAGAAAGGGAGAAUAAUAUUUUGACUAAGUCUGUAAGUAGUGUACAGCAGAGGUAUACGUUUGGGAAGCUACUGACUGAGGGAUCAAACAAAACGUUGUAUAUCCUUUAUCACGUGUUAACUGCUUAUCAACUUUGCUUUGGGUUUGAAUUAAACUUUUCCAACUCACUCUUAAAUAUUAACAAAAAACUUUGGAUCCAUAAUUUGAUAAUGACCAUAAACAACUAUUAAAGCUGUUUAAUUUACAAUCACUUUUUGAGAAAGAAAAAAUAUCUAAAUAGGCUUUCUCAAGAUUCAGUACUAGUGUGCUACGAUUUCAGGAUAGAUUCCUUUGCUGUGUGGCUCUAUGCCCUGAGAUAUCUUUCCAUCUGCUAAGAAGGUGAAAUAUCUAGAGAGAAAUCUUCCAGCAGAGGUCGGGGCUCUCAGUUCCGAGUUCCGACACUUGUCAGAUGGUAGUGUGACAUCCGAAGCUUCGAACGUCAUCAUCACGUGGUAUUGUUACUUUGAUACAAGCAUCGAUACAUUGUGUCGAAUCAGUAGUGCUUUGAAAACUGCAUCGGCGUGACGGAGCUCCGGUAUCAAUCAUCCCAUCACUACUUUUAGUGUUUGUCCAGUGAGUUUCCUCAAUGAGAAAUCCCCUCAAAUAUUUUGUUUUCAAAGAUAAUAAAACAAAAGAUUAUAAAACAAAAACACUGUAGUAAAUACUACAGCACGGGUUGGAACCUAAAUUAUUUUCCAAUCGUUUAGUUCUGAACAGAACCAUUAUUUUUUUAAAUUCCGUUCCACUGGCACGAAAAAAAUGUCUGGAACGUAAAUAACGAUAUUAACCGGUUCCCAUGAUUUUAAUAAUACCGGUUCUGUUCUGGAAAGUAUCGAUCACUUUCUUAGUUGCUACAUAGAUUUUUGGACUUAUAAAUGAAUAAUAUAUUCCCAUUGAUUCUAGAAGAAUAUAAUUUAUGAAUGGGUCAUGAGAUUAGAUCAACUCUCGUACCCCAUCAGAACCCAAAUAUAAGCUUGUUUUACUCCAAUGUUUGUACACAACGUAAACAUAAACAAACACUGUAUAGCUUCAAAACAUGGACAACUAUAAUUUAGAUAUUAUGGAUGGUCAGUCCUUGCAUCCAUAGCUCUGUCUAUGAAUUUGAGAGUGGCUGCACUUCUCCAGGCCCAUCCCUCAGCAUUGUUAUUGUUAAAACUGCAGAGUCUAGCUUUAAGCACUAUUGCUUAUAACCACUUAUACUUUUUAUGAAAACAGCAGUCGGUUUCCCGGACACAGAUAUAGUACUGAACUAAAAAGUAUGCUCAAUGGAGAUUUUCCAUUGAUAGUCUAGGACUAGACUUAAUCUGUGUCCGGGAAAGCGGCUCUAUGUCUUUGAAACUAGAUCUAGUUGAAUCAGUUUCAUAACAAUGUUUUGCUGUUCGAUAAAAAGAAGAUGCAAUAAUCAGUGUGACAUCCAUAACUCAGUGCAGGUGAGCAGAGAGCCUAUGGACAAGGCUGUCAGAUCCUCUUAGGAGAGAGAGAGAACAAAAGUUAAUGGAUACACUGACACCCAUCUCCCUGUUGAUUAUGUACCCCCUCCCCCCAUCCACCACACACACACACACACACACACACACACACGCACGCACGCACACACACGAAGCACUCUCACUCUCUCGCUCUCUCCCUCUCUCUGUCACUCACACCACCAUCCUUCCCCUAUCCAGGUGCAGAGGACAGAGAAGCGAGGGAGGGGGGGAGUGUGACUAGAUGUGAGAGGACAGGAAGGAAGAGCGGGUGUAUGAGCGUCUCUGUACUGACCCUAAUAACAGGUUUUCAACAACACCAUAGACUCUACCAGGACAGGCUAAUGAAGGAUUAACUGCCUGCUCAUCUCCACACAAUGACAGACAAUAUAAAUAUCACCUGCCAGCUUCAUGAGAUAGUCACCUGGAAUACAUUUCAAUUAACAUGUGUGCCUUCUUAAAAGUUAAUUUCAGGUGAAGCUGGUUGAGAGAAUGCCAAGAGUGUGCAAAGCUGUCAUCAAGGCAAAGGGUGGCUAUUUGAAGAAUCACAAAUAUAAAAUAUAUUUUGAUUUGUUUAACACUUUUUUGGUUACUACAUAUAUUCCAUAUGUGUUAUUUCAUAGUUUUGAUGUCUUCACUAUUAUUCUACAAUGUAAUAGAUAAUAAACGGAGUAGCAGCUGCGUAAAAGCUGGGGUGGGGUGGGGAAGACAAUGCAAAUAGUCCGGGUAGCCAUGAUUAGCUGUUCAGGAGUCUUAUGGCUUGGGGGUAGAAGCUUUAAGAAGCAAUUUGACAGAAUCAUUAUAUCAUUUGUUUUGGUACUGUCCAUUUGUAGCUUGUUUUUGGACACAUGUCCAGGAAUGGCUAAAGGAUUGCAAUAUUUACCUGGAGCUAACCCUGCAGAUAGCAUUACUGGGUGAUCUGAAAAGUCAGUCAAUCGAUCAAUAAUAUAAUUAUACUUUUAGCAAAAAUGUUUAUUUUCAAUUUACAAUCUGUAGAAACAAUGAGAAUAGAAAGGUUCAGAACUUUUGUAAAACAUCACAGUACAGUUCUACAUGGCAAAUAGAAAUCCAAUAUGGGUGAUGUUAAGAGAUAGAUGGGUGGUGUUGAAUGGAGUUGAAGGAUGGGACUAAUAACAACUAAUAACAAUAAAGUAACUAAUAGUGUAAGCAUACUGUGUCCAUAAUAAGUAUAUAGGUUGAGAGCUCUUGUGAAAGAGCACAGUUAGAAAGAUAUGGCAUAUAGAAGCAAACUGGAUGGACAUCAUGAAAAUGAUCGGAGAGGUUGAGGGUAGAGGAAGUUCAGGAGUAAAAACAAACAAAAUAGAAUUAUUGUAAAAUUGACUGUGUCCAUAAAAUGUAUAUAGUAUGUAUAAGCUGGAAGUAGAGGCCUAAGCAUUGUUGUUCACUAGUUUACUCCAAUUAGGGAACACACCAAGACAUCGUGAAGAGGGCACGACAAAGCCUAUUCCCCCUCAGGAGACAAAAAAGAUUUGGCAUGGGUCCUCAGAUCCUCAAAAGGUUAUACAGCUGCACCAUCGAGAGCAUCCUGACUGGUUGCAUCACUGCCUGGUAUGGCAACAGCUCGGCCUCUGACCGCAAGGCACUACAGAGGGUAGUGUGUAUGGCCCAGUACAUCACUGGGGCCAAGCUUCUUGCCAUCCAGGACCUCUAUACAAGGCGGUGUCAGAGGAAGGCCCUAAAAAUUGUCAAAGACUCCAGCCACCCUAGUCAUAGACUGUUCUCUCUGCUACCGCAUGGCAAGUGGUACCAGAGUGCCAAGUGUAGGUUCAAAUUGCUUCUUUUUUUUCUCUCUUUAGGGGGUAGAUCAGCUUUAAUAUUGCAGAUAGAUUGUAACUUCCAUUAAUGUAAUUGUCUGCAUCACUUCCAAUCCCCCAUAUGUUUUUUUUUUCUCGCAAAUGUAUAUAUAUACAGUGGGGGGAAAAAGUAUUUAGUCAGCCACCAAUUGUGAAAAAGUGUGAAACACUUUUUAAGUAGGAGAACUUGCACAAUUGGUGGCUGACUAAAUACUUUUUUCCCCCACUGUAUAUAUAUACAGUGAGGGAAAAAAGUAUUUGAUCCCCUGCUGAUUUUGUACGUUUGCCCACUGACAAAGACAUGAUCAGUCUAUAAUUUAAUGGUAGGUUUAUUUGUACAGUGAAAAACAGAAUAACAACAAAAAAAUCCAGAAAAAAAUGUCAAAAUGUUAUGAAUUGAUUAGCAUUUUAAUGAGGAAAAUAAUUAUUUGACCCCUCUGCAAAACAUGACUUAGUACUUGGUGGCAAAACCCUUGUUGGCAAUCACAGAGGUCAGACGUUUCUUGUAGUUGACCACCAGGUUUGCACACAUCUCAGGAGGGAUUUUGUCCCACUCCUCUUUACAGAUCUUCUCCAAGUCAUUAAGGUUUCGAGACUGACGUUUGGCAACUCGAACCUUCAGCUCCCUCCACAGAUUUUCUAUGGGAUUAAGGUCUGGAGACUGGCUAGGCCACUCCAGGACCUUAAUGUGCUUCUUCUUGACCCACUCCUUUGUUGCCUUGGCGGUGAGUUUUGGGUCAUUGUCAUGCUGGAAUACACAUCCAUGACCCAUUUUCAAUGCCCUGGCUGAGGGAAGGAGGUUCUCACCCGAGAUUUGACGGUACAUGGCCCCGUCCAUCGUCCCUUUGAUUCAGUGAAGUUGUCCUGUCCCCUUAGAAGAAAAACACCCCCAAAGCAUAAUGUUUCCACCUCCAUGUUUGAAGGUGGGGAUGGUGUUCUUGGGGUCAUAGAGAGCAUUCCUACUCCUCCAAACACGGCGAGUUGAGUUGAUGCCAAAGAGCUCGAUUUUGGUCUCAUCUGACCAAAACACUUUCACCCAGUUCUCCUCUGAAUCAUUCAGAUGUUCAUUGGCAAACUUCAGACGGGCCUGUAUAUGUGCUUUCUUGAGCAGGGGGACCUUGCGGGCACUGCAGGAUUUCAGUCCUUCGCGGCGUAGUGUGUUACCAAUUGUUUUCUUGGUGAAUAUGGUCCCAGCUGCCUUGAGAUCAUUGACAAGAUCCUCCCGUGUAGUUCUGGGCUGAUUCCUCACCGUUCUCAUGAUCAUUGCAACUCCACGAGGUGAGACCUUGCAUGGAGCCCCAGGCCGAGGGAGAUUGACAGUUAUUUUGUGUUUCUUCCAUUUGCGAAUAAUCGCACCAACUGUUGUCACCUUCUCACCAAGCUGCUUGGCGAUGGUCUUGUAGCCCAUUCCAGCCUUGUGUAGGUCUACAAUCUUGUCCCUGACAUCCUUGGAGAGCUCUUUGGUCUUGGCCAUGGUGGAGAGUUUGGAAUCUGAUUGAUUGAUUGCUUCUGUGGACAGGUGUCUUUUAUACAGGUAACAAACGGAGAUUAGGAGCACUCCCUUUAAGAGUGUGCUCCUAAUCUCACCUCGUUACCUGUAUAAAAGACACCUGGGAGCCAGAAAUCUUUCUGAUUGAGGGGGGGUCAAAUACUUACUUCCCUCAUUAAAAUGCAAAUCAAUUUAUAACAUUUUUGACAUGCGUUUUUCUGGAUUAUUUUGCUGUUAUUCCGUCUCUCACUGUUCAAAUAAACCUACCAUUAAAAUUAUAGACUGAUCAUUUCUUUGUCAGUGGGCAAACGUACAAAAUCAGCAGGGGAUCAAAUACUUUUUUCCCUCACUGUAAUUGGAAUAAAGGAGGAUUUACUUGUCAGUUCAAUAAAGCAUAGAUUCUGCAUUACUGACUAAAAUUGAGAUUUUCUGAUUAUAGUUCAACUAUGGUUAUGGGUUGUGUAGAUUGAUAGAACAGUCAGUGUUGAUUUUGUGAUGUAAGACUGGGAUUUAGUAGUUUGCGGGAUUCGAAUUGAACGACUCACUUACUCAACAGGAAUAGUGGGAGAAGUAAGAAAGUAAUUUUUUGUGUUGCCUAAUGAGUUGAUAGUUUAAAAACUACUGAGAAUAGAGUUGUAAUGUGGACUAUUGAAUUGAAUAUGGAUAUGAAUUAAUUGUAUGCUUGUCAACUAUAACAAGUAUUUGUUUUAUUAAUUAAAGCCUAAUCAGAAAGGACAGUUACAUAAAUGUAAUAGUGGACUGGCAAUUGCGAUAGAGCUGUGGCCAUGAUUUGAAUUAAUAACAAAGGAAAGCAAUUUAAUAGGGAAUUUAGAAUUUCAACUGUGAAUUGUUUGGGUAGACUGAAAGGAAAGUAAUGUCUUUUAGUGAGUCAUAAUUAUGAAAGAGUGGUGGUUGGUGAAUAGAGUGGUGGUUUGUGAAUAAAGAGUGGUGGUUUGUGAAUAGACUUUACUAAUGCCAUGUUCUAGUUCGCGGGUAAAAGAGAGUAAGUCCAGCGAGUACGAAUCGAGCUUUAAGAGACAUUUGAAGCAGAAGUCUGAAUAGUUGAAUGGAAAACAUUUCUUUGACAAAUUCAAAUUGUUAUUACUUUAUUCUAUAGUUUGCGUAACACCAGUGACGUAUGCAAAUAGUUAAUGAAUUCUAAAACGAUAAUUUGUUUUCGUUACAUGGACCAGUGGAGUGUAGGUAGUUUGAACUAUUAUGCUGAUGGGAUAGCACCAACUUUAUGUAGGUUCUAGAUUUGCUAAACAACAAGUUUGUAUUUUAAACUAAAUCAAUGCUACAAUUAUAACAUUAUCAGAAAAAGGCACAAUCUAAUGCGAAACAGUUAUUACAUAUGUCAUUGAUCCAGUAAUCAUACAAGGAUAAGAAGAAUAUUAAAAGAAAGGCAAGGGAUAAAAUCUCAUUUUUGGAAAGAAGAAGAGUAUGAAGAGAUAUUAGGAAGAAGAAUACCAUUAACUGAGGAAUAUAAAAGCUUUUAGCUGAGAAAGCUAACAGAAAUAAUGUACCUUGCAUCCUAAUAUAAACACUGAACCAAACAUAAGAUUAGCAACAGAAAAGGCCAACAAUACAAGGAGUAGGGAUGGCAGGAACAGCAGUAGCAAGCAUGAAGAGAAGGUUCCCAGAAUAUAGUGAAGAGAUUGGUAAAAUCUCUGAUAAAUAGGAAAAAAGAACCAGGAAACUAGCAGCAAAAUGGCCAAAGGAGGGCACAUUUGAUGUAACAGUGUGUGAGGAAAUGGAUACCCUAAUAAAGAACUAUAACACAAGAGAGAAAGGGGAGAAAAGAGAGAAGAAGAGAGAGAAAGAGAGAGAAAUCUUGAAAAUAUUCUGUGAGGAAGGAAAGAGUUGGAGGGACUGCAUAGCCAAGGCUAGGAGGAUAAUAAUGGAGAGGGAGAGUGAACCGAAAAAGGCUGGCUUGACUAUACCACCACCAUACACACAGUAUUCUCAGGUCACAGGUCUAUUCUCAAUAAUAGGGAAUUUAGAGAUAGAAGAAGAAAAAGGGAAGCAACAGUUUUCCACACCAAAAAUUUAGAGAUAGACUAUUAGGGAGGGCUGAGGGGCAUGCUAACGAAACUGGAAAAUUAUGGGAUAGAUGAACAAGAGAAUGGUGGGCAAAAAGAGUGGGAUGAUGCAAGUAAGGAGGAGGAUGAGGAACUAAAACAGUGGGCUGACUCUGAGCAAGAACAGAGUGAGACAGAGGGACGAUUAUCACAGCAAGGAGCCACAGGAGGCAAAACUAUAGUAACAGAAUUAGGUGAGGCACUGCAAGCCCAUCUGGAAAAAUCUAAUUUAAGAAGCAGAAGGACAAUAAAAAAGCCAGAAAAGUAUGGAGCCCAAUAUUCCAUUUUGGUAAAGGGGACACAGGUUCACUAUGUGCCCUGGGGAUCGCAGGACCUGGAAGGCCUGGUGACUAGACUGCCUAACCUGCAUGAAGGAGCAGGGAAAUGGAUUAGAACAUUUGAAGAACAAACGAUGGGGAAGCUACUGGCGGUGGGAGACUUGAAGGCAUUGCUGGCCAGGGUGGUGGGAGUGGCAAAAAUGGAGGGCCUGUUGCAGGUGGGUGGCCUCAUGCAGGCGGUGCGGAGGACGGUACUGGAUGGAGUGGCCUUUGACAAUUAUAGGCCAUGACUAUGGCACACUCUGAGAAUAGAGUAUCCAGCCAAAAUAGACCCUAAAGCACUAAGAGGGGAGCCAUUGGGGGAUACAGAAAACCUGGCAGGUUACCUGGAGGACCAACUCAAGAGGUGGCGACAAGAAACAGAAAGAGAUCCAGAGGGGGAUCCACUGAUGACAACACUGUUCAGGACAUCAUUGAUGGAAGCAAUGCCAACGCCAGUCAGAAGCAGACUAGAAGAUGUGGUGGGACUAACGUCAAAGUCACACAAAGAGUUCUGCGACUAUGUUAUCCACGCAGUGGAGAAAUACAGGAAGGACAAAGAGAAACUGACAGAGCAAGGGAGAGACAUUCAAAGAAAACCGACACAGAUGCAGCUGGAAGAGCUGACGAAAGGAAAAAAAGAAAACACAAGCCCCAGUGAUCACUCCAGCACCGCCUGAAGAGGGCAUCAUGGCACCUGUCAUCCAGGGAGGUCAACAACCAUCGGCUCAGCAGCAAGGCCAAAGAGUUCCUGCCUUACCAAUAGUGAAUGUGUAUACACACCAAUCCCCUGGGCAGUGGCAAAACAGAGGAAAUGGAAACAGACCAAGGAAUCAAUGGUACCGACCACAGCAGCAGACACACCAGAAUGGUGGACCAAGAAGACCAGGUGUCUGCUGGAGGUGCAAUCAAUCAGGACAUACAAGAAGGAAUUGUCCCACCUAGCCGUGGUGGCCUAGGCAACCACAACAGGGUAAUUGGCAAGGAAAUGGGCCCAGCUUAGCUGAAUGGCAGCAGUCUCAGACACAGGCUCCACAGGGCCCAGUGAACCCGUGGGGAGGACCAAAUCAUGGAUACUAGGGAUGCCCAGGGAAUCCUGAAGGGGAGGGUCAGCUAGUGGCAGUAACUAUGCAGGCUGAUGAAGAACCUAUGCUGCAGGUUCAGGUGAAUAAUAGGCACCCCAAGGAUGAUAGAUACUGGAGCAACUUAUGUAGGCAAAUAUGCACAGACAACAGAAUUUUCAUGACAAAUGCAGUUAAUACAUAUGACAGUUCCAGUAAAAUAAGAAGCAGGAAAAAGCUACAUGUAUACCUAUAUUAGUAUCAGAACAAACUCCAGUUACUCUAUUAGGAAGAGAUGCACUGUGUAGAAUGGAGGUCCAAAUUAAAUGCAUAUCAGAGAGACUAAUAAUAGUUCAGGAAGGGGUAUGUCCACAGAAGAUGAUGGACCAGACCAUCAUCACAUGAGUAAACUAUUUUGGUAGAAGAGGGGCCACAGGGCAUGUGGGAAAGUGCAACCACCGAGGCAAGAAAUAGCAUUUUUGGGGAUUUGAGUUUUCGAAGUCACAAAGCAUGUUGGGCGUGAUCAAGUGGGAGCAGUGUGACUUGGGAAAAGCCUAGGGGUUUUAAUCUCAUGAGACUUUAUUUCGUUUUCUGUGCACUGAAUUGUGGAAUUCACCGGGGAAGGGAGCAGUCACGAGUGAUGUUCUUGAGGGUUUUCUGAGUGGGGGGAUCAGGAGAUGUGGACUGGUAAAUUCAAUAGAGAAUGAGAAUUUCGAAUUUGAAUUGUUUGGACUGGUUAAGAGGUAUCAAAAUGGGGGGUCCCGAGACCAUUAAAAGGCCUGGCCAUUUUUGUUUGUUGUUUUACUACAUGUUUUUCAAAUAACCACAAACAACCCACUUAGUAUGAAAUGUUAGCUGUAUAGGAUUUUUAGGGUUCUUUUCACGGGAUAGAAGUGAUAUAUGUUAAAGGACCAAACACAUGUAAUUUGAGGUUUUAUUUACUGCGUGAUGAGUAAAUACAUGUGAUUUAUUUUGAAAAGAGCUGUAGUAAGGACUUACUGUACACUUGGGAUACAACAUUUAUGAAAUGUUUUGAUGGUUGUUUAUGAUUAGUCUAUUAUAGAAUGAAACACUUAUUUGAAAAGUUUGAAUGACCUCUGACCUUUGUCCUGACUUUCUAGUGUGAUUUGAUCACCCACACUGGAAAACCGAGUGACAUAGGAUGAUGAGUUUAAGGUAAUUUAUUAUACCGAGUUAAGGGUAAUUUAUAAUACUGAUAAUUAUGAAGAAGUUUAUAAUUUGGCAAUAAUCCUAAAUAUCAUUCCAAACAGGACAAGGAUGAAGUGAGAGAGUUAAUCCUGAAUGAGGGAUAUUCUUUGAAUAAUGUUAUGGGAUACAAUUAAGUUAAGAUAUUUUCAAAGGUUGUCAUUUUAAUUUCAUUUAUUAUUUUGGUUUAACAGGCAAUGUUGUUUUGUUUUUUGGACGCAUGAAUCACGAUGUGUCCUGUGUCCAAAGGGGGGAGUAGUACUGGUCGGAAGUACUGGUCGCAUGUUUUUUUGGGGGUAAAUAUGCAAGUUGUAUUAAGUAUAUGAGCAUUAGUAAUAAUGUGUUAUGGGUUAGGUUAAAUGUUUUUGUGAUAGGAGGCAGGGUGUAGAUGAAGCCUGUCUAUGAAACGAGUGGACUGCAACAAGCUGCAAGAAGGUGCGCUUCCUAAUCUCAAGGCUUCUCCUGACUGAUGAGAAGACAUGGUACAGUAGCAUAAGUAGCAUACUGUGUCUCACCUAACCUAACAAUGUUCUUAAGACUUUCUUCCCAUGGGUGAAGGUAACUCUGCCCAAUUGAGCAGGAUAAAUUGAGCAUUUUCUGCGCCCUGAAGACUAUGUGACAGUAAAAGACUACAGAAGAAAGAGCUGGAAAGAUCCUAGGCGGGGGGCCUGUACCAGGUGUUGUUGGCUACCUCAAUGACAGUAAAAGAGACAGAUACUUAGAUCCAUGUUUCCCACUAUAGGAGUGUUCCAACCCCAGGAGAGGAAGAUGGCCCUGCCAUUGGGAAGCAUUGUUGUCUUUUGUGUUUGUCUGUGUUUGUGUGUCUUUGCAGCAGUAACUCUGAGCUUCCCUAUGGGUAGGCUGGUAGAAGGACACUCUUCGCAGACCGAUGUCGAUGGAUUGAGAGGGACUGGCUGAUCCGGAGACCCUAGUGACGGAAGAAGGUUAACAGCUAAAGUGACCAUACAUCGUCAUCCAGGUUACACCAACGGCGGUACGGAUAGAGGGGAGCGCGACCUGGUAUCAUCUAAACCAUUGUACCAGAGUACCACGAGGGAACCGAUUACUUAGAGAUGAGGGAGCUGAGGAUGCUGGAGCUGGCGAGAAUCAGGAGAUGAAGAGGAUGGCAAUUACUGAUGAGCUACGUGUUCUUGCUGAUUCCCUCGGCGGAGGGGCAGACCUUCGAGACUUUCAAGACCUUCUAGAUCUUCAAGAUAUUUCAGACAUCCAAGACGCACCAGAUAUCCCCAUCAUUGAUUUCUCUGCCCUUGACUAGUCCCCCUGAGAAUAAGGGGAAUGACAUACUGACAAUAGUAAAGAGCAAAAGAACAAGACAGAGAAGAGAAGCAGACAGGAGUAAAAUGUAUAUUCCUGCACAAGCAGGAACCAAAACUAAAAUACAGGAAGGGAUCACUAUUAGAGUACGAGGGUUAAAUGGUUAUUGGUGUGGGAGGAACCAGCACAAGGAUUAUGGGGAAGUCACAUGGGGUUGUGUGACCUUAAGAUAAUGAAAGAAAAAGACAGGUGGAUCAUAGACAUAAGGAUAACAGCCCAAGACUUAGAUAAACUAUUCAAUGUAGUACUUAUAAGUGCUACAUUUCCAGGGGGCAGGGUUGUUAAAGUAGUUAUUCCUUGGGAAAGUGCACUAAACCCUGUACAUGUUAGAGCCAUACCAAAUGCAGAAGAAAGGGAAUGAAAGGAACCGUUAAACAAUGACUAGUAUAGAUGAGUACAAUAUAUUCGAUUAAAAUUAAAUAAAGAAAAUAGUCUAAUAUUCACCACAUCUCUGUUAAAAUAAUUAACAGUAGUUCCAAAUCCCCAGGACUGUGCUAUGACUCAACCACAACUUCUGUCAUCUAAGGAAUUCGGGAAAUACCAUAUUGCCCAGCAGAAUGUUUGUCAUAUUUAGGAAAUCCUAAAUAUAAACAAUGUUAUAAUCAAGCAGGAUGGGGAGAGAAGUGUAAGCAAUUAGAUGUUAGAAUAGGAACAAGGAAAAGGGAAACACCAGAGAAAUAUCAAAUAAACUAUGAGCAAAUAUAGGAGUGUUACAAUAAAGCAAUUGGGUUAUAUAAUUUGGGAGAAUUCAAGGGAGAAUGUGAAACUAUAUGGCAUUUAUACAGACAGCCUUUGGAAUGCAGACACCCCUCAAAGAAAUGUAUCAGGCAGCAGGGUAAAGUAUUAGAAAUUGGUAUUAAGAAUGAUUGGUGAAACAUAAUAAUUUGUCAUAUAGUCAAUGCUUAUAGGGAUUCUUUGGAUUGGAAAUGAACUUAACUAAACUGUUAUGAUUUGUCCUUUCUCGAGGUUACUACGGAUGGUGUCUAAUGCAUAGCAGAGAUCAUUCCGUCCAGAACGGUGUGAACCUCAAUAAAAACCAAAAACCCUCUACCCGGCUGAAGAGGAGCAACAAAGGCGUUGAAGACGUUCCUGUCCAGCACCACCUCUACCAGGAGACCUGAAUCAGAACCAGCAUCCAAUCGAAGCAAUCAACUGCCUUUUCUCUUAUUCCUUUUCUCUCAAGAAUGUGACAGGAGUUCAUGUGGAGUGAGCAGGAAGAGAGAUCUAUUCUAAUACAACAUUUCUCAUAGUUUGGGUAUACUGGUUGGCAAAACGGACAAAACAGAAUGGAGGUAGAGGUGGGGCGGCUCAGGUGUGACAUUGGAAUUGGGACAUUGCCAUGGGCAAUCCAAGAUUAACUAUGAAGCUAUCUGAAGAACAUAAUGAAGACACGCCAGAAGAUUGAGUGCCGGAGGAAGAAGGGAUUGUUAUUUGAGGUAGUAGGUUGAUUAAGGAGGUAUUAUACACUGCUAAAUUUAUAGUAAUUUAAACUAAGAAUGCAUUGAGAUACUGAUCUGUUGUUAUUCUCCUUAUGAGGGAGCUAAGGCUAGAAUUAUGGAUAAUUAUACUGUAUUUUAAUAUAAAUAUACAUUCUGCUAGUGUCAAUAUGUGCCAAGGUGAGAGUUUUAACUUUGAGUGAUGGAGCCAAGGUGACUAACUAAGAAUUGUCAUUCUAAAUUUGUUUUGGGUAGUUAAUUUGAUUAUGAUUAUGAAUUUUAGCUGACUGAUUGAUCAGAAUGAAGUUAUGUGAUUUAAAGAUGUUGACACUAUUCUCAACAUGUCCUAGAUAUUACGGUUAAAACAAAAUUUCAUUUAUUUUAGAUAUGAUGUGUUAGGAUACUAACACUUAUAUUGGAAUUGGUUUGAGUAGAAACUUCUGAAUUUUAAUGUUUGAAAACUAUAACCUUAAAUGCCAGGAUUGUGUCUGAUAUCAUUAUAUACUUUUGUGAUGUUGUGGGACAAUGAGUCCCACAUUGUGGGGAUAUGAGGAAGAUUUUUCUAGUGGACUAUGAGAUAAAACUGAGUUAAUCACGAACAUGAAGUUAGAAUUCUCUGUUGCAAGGCAAGAAACUUGUAGUAGAUGCGAGCUUCAACUGGAAGCCAGUGGAGUGUGCGGAGGAGCGGGGUGAAGUGAGAGAACUUGGGAAGGUUGAACACCAGACGGGCUGCAGCGUUCUGGAUGAGUUGUAGGGGUUUAUAGAAAGAAGAUAUUUCCCUCUUUAAUACUGUAGGUAUGUAAUUCAACAUUCGUUUAGUCUGUUGUUGCUAGCGAUAUUCAUAAAAACAUUGAAAUAAAUCCACUUCAGAGUGACUUACAAUCAGUGCAUUCAACUAAAUAAAUAGAUAAAUAGAUGGUCACCAUCGAUAAAACAACGACCUAUCGCGAUCAUUGCAAGUGUACCGGACGUCACACUACCUGCUUAGCGAGUACCACUUCCUCCUGAUUUGGCUCAUACUGAGGCUCAAACCGAGAACCCCUGCCUUGCUAGCACAUGUGACCGCCCUCCCGAAGCGUCUUACAAGUCGGCGGGGACAUUUCAACCUGAGUAGUGAGUUUCCCAAUGUGCAACACAAGCAAAACCUUCAAAAUUGCCACUAUCUGCAAAAUCAGGUCUAGUAUACUUAGCUAUAUGAGCACUUUUAUACUUACAUAGCAUGACGGUAGAGAGAAAGAGCACUUUCAAACUUGAGCAUUGACUUAACUCAAGUUCAUGGUGAGGGGAGGACAGCUCAUAAUAGAGGAUGGAAUAGAGUGAAUGGAAUGGUAUCAAACACAUGGACAUGGAAACCAAUGUGUUUGAUACCAUUCCAUUCAUUCUGUGUCGGCCAUUGGUAUGAGCCUGUCCUCCACCACCGCUCAAGUUCCCGUUCAAGUUUAUUUGCCAUAACUACAGUGCCUUGCAAAAUAAUUCAUCCCCCUUGGCGUUUUUCCUAUUUUGUUGCAUUACAAUCUGUAAUUUAAAUUGAUUUUUAUUUGGAUUUCAUGUAAUGGACAUACACAAAAUAGUCCAAAUUGGUGAAGUGAAAUGAAAAAAAUAACUUGUUUCAAAAAAUUCUAAAAAAUAAAUAACGAUAAAGUGGUGCGUGCAUAUGUAUUCACCCCCUUUGCUAUGAAGCCCCUAAAUAAGAUCUGGUGCAACCAAUUACCUUCAGAAGUCACAUAAUUAGUUAAAUAAAGUCCACCUGUGUGCAGUCUAAGUGUCACAUGAUCUGUCACAUGCAUGAUCUGUCAGAGAGCAUCUGGUCAGCGCGGCGGUGGUACAGGAAUCCUCAUCUCUCCCAAGUGGACAUUCUCUCUUUUCCCCCUGACCCAUCUGUCUAUCUCCUCAUUUGAAUUCCAUGCCGUCACAGUCACUAGCCCAUUUAUCGCCCUCCAGGUUCCCUUGGAGAGUUCAUCAAUGAGCUUGACGCCUUGAUAAGUUCCUUUCCUGAGGAUGGCUCACCCCUCACGGUUCUGGGUGACUUUAACCUCCCUACGUCUGCCUUUGACUAAUUUCUCUCUGCCUCCUUCUUUCCACUCCUCUCCUCUUUUGACCUCACCCUCUCACUGUCCCCCCCUACUCACAAGGCAGGCAAUACGCUUGACCUCAUCUUUACUAGAUGCUGUUCUUCUACUAAUCUCACUGCAACUCCCCUCCAUGUCUCCGACCACUACUUUGUAUCCUUUUCUCUCUCGCUCUCCUCCAACACUACUCACUCUGCCCCUACACAGAUGGUAAUGUGCCGUCGCAACCUUCGCUCUCUCUCUCCCGCUACUCUCUCCUCUUCCAUCCUAUCAUCUCUUCCCUCUGCUAAAUCCUUCUCCCUCCGAUCUCCUGAUUCUGCCUCCUCAACCCACCUCUCCUCCCUUCCUGCAUAUUUUGACUCUCUAUGUCCCCUAUCCUCCCGGCCGGCUCGGUCCUCCCCUCCUGCUCCGUGGCUUGACGACUCAUUGCGAGCUCACAGAACAGGGCUCUGGGCAGCCAAGCAUAAAUGGCCUCUCUUCUCCAGACCAUUUUCCGGAGACUUCUCCCUUACCUCACCUCGCUCAUCAACUCAUCCUUGACCGCUGGCCAUAUCCCUUGCGUCUUCAAGAGAGCGAGAGUUGCACCCUUCCUCAAAAAACCUACACUCGAUCCCUCCGAUGUCAACAACUACAGACCAGUAUCCCUUCUUUCUUUUCUCUCCAAAACUAUUGAGCGUGCCGUCUCUAGCCAACUCUCCUGCUAUCUCUCUCAGAAUUACCUUCUUGAUCCAAACCAGUCAGGUUUCAAGACUGGUCAUUCAACUGAGACUGCUCUUCUCUGUGUCAUGGAGGCUCUCCGCACUGCUAAAGCUAACACUCUCUCCUCUGCUCUUAUCCUUCUAUACCUAUCUGCUGCCUUUGAUGCUGUGAACCAGCAGAUCCUCCUCUCCACCCUCUCCGAGUUGGGCAUCUCCGGCGCUGCUCACUCUUGGAUUGCGUCUUACCUGACAUGUCACUCCUACCAGGUGGCAUGGCGAGAAUCUGUCUCCGCACCACGUGCUCUCACCACUGGUGUCCCCCAGGGCUCAGUUCUAGGCCCUCUCCUAUUCUCUCUAUACACCAAGUCACUUGGCUCUGUCAUAUCCUCACAUGGUCUCUCCUAUCAUUGCUACGCAGACGACACACAAUUAAUUUUCUCCUUUCCGAUAACCAGGUGGCGAAUCGCAUCUCUGCAUGUCUGGCAGACAUAUCAGUGUGGAUGUCGGAUCACCACCUCAAGCUGAACCUCGGCAAGACGGAGCUGCUCUUCCUCCUGGGGAAGGACUGCCCGCUCUAUGAUCUCGCCAUCACGGUUGACAACUCCAUUGUGUCCUCCUCCCAGAGUGCAAAGAACCUUUGCGUGACCCUGGACAACACCCUGUCGUUCUCCGCUAACAUCAAAGCGGUGACCCGAUCCUGCAGGUUCAUGCUCUACAACAUUCGCAGAGUACGACCCUACCUUACACAGAAAGCGGCACAGGUCCUAAUCCAGGCACUUGUCAUCUCCCGUCUGGAUUACUGCAACUCACAGUUGGCUGGGCUCGCUGCCUGUGCCAUUAAACCCCUACAACUUAUCCAGAACGCUCCAUCCCGUCUGGUGUUCAACCUUCCCAUGUUCUCUCAUGUCACCCCGCUCCUCCGCACACUCCACUGGCUUCCAGUUGAGGCUCGCAUCUACUACAAGACCAUGGUGCUUGCCUACGGAGCUGUGAGGGGAACGCCACCUCCUUACCUUCAGGCUCUGAUCAGACCCUACACCCAAACGAGGGCACUACGUUCAUCCACCUCUGGCCUGCUAGCCCCCCUACCUCUACGGAAGCACAGUUCCCGCUCAGCCCAGUCAAAGCUAUUCGCUGCUCUGGCACCCCAAUGGUGGAACAAGCUCCCCAACAACGCCAGGACAGCGGAGUCACUGACCAACUUCCGGAGACACUUGAAACCCUACCUAUUUAAGGAAUACCUGGAAUAGUAUAAAAGUAAUCCUUCUACCCCCCCCUCCUCCACCCCCCUAAUUUUUUUUUUUUUUUAAUAAAAGGCGUUGUCCCACUGGCUAUCAUAAGUUGAAUGCACCAAUUUGUAAGUUGCUCUGCUAAAUGACGUAAAUGUAAAAUGUAAAAUAUACACCUGUUCUGAAAGGCCCCAGAGUCUGCAACACCACUAAGUAAGGGGCACCACCAAGCAAGCGGCACCAUGAAGACCAAGGAGCUCUCCAAACAGGUCAGGGACAAAGUUGUGGAGAAGUACAGUCGUGGUCAAAAGUUGUGAGAAUGACACAAGUAUUGGUCUUCACAAAGUUUGCUGCUUCAGUGUUUUUAGAUACUUUUGUCAGAUGUUACUAUGGUAUUCUGAAGUAUAAUUACAAGCAUUCCACAAGUGUCAAAAGCUUUUAUUGACAAUUACAUUAAGUUUAUGCAAAGAGUCAAUUUUUGCAGUGUUGACCCUUCUUUUUCAAGACCUCUGCAAUCCGCCCUGGCAUGCUGUCAAUUAACUUUUGGGCCACAUCCUGACUGAUGGCAGCCCAUUCUUGCAUAAUCAAUGCUUGGAGUUUGUCAGAAUUUGUGGGGUUUUGUCCAUGGACCCAAAUUUCAAUGUUUUGUUCCCUGAGCCACUUAGUUAUCACUUUUGCCUUAUGGCAAGGUGCUCCAUCAUGCUGGAAAAGGCAUUGGUCGUCAUCAAACUGUUCUUGGAUGGUUGGGAGAAGUUGCUCUCGGAGGAUGUGUUGGUACCAUUCUUUAUUCAUGGCUGUGUUCUUAGGCAAAAUUGUGAGUGAGCCCACUCCCUUGGCUGAGAAGCAACCACACACAUGAAUGGUCUCAGGAUGCUUUACUGUUGGCAUGACACAGGACUGAUGGUAGCGCUCACCUUGUCUUCUCUGGACAAGCUUUUUUCCGGAUGCCCCAAACAAUCGGAAAGGGAUUCAUCAGAGAAAAUGACUUUACCCCAGUCCUUAGCAGUCCAAUCCCUGUAUCAUCUGCAGAAUAUCAGUCUGUCCCUGAUGUUUUUCCUGGAGAGAAGUGGCUUCCUCGCUGCCCUUCUUGAUACCAGGCCAUCCUCCAAAAGUCUUCGCCUCACUGUGCGUGCAGAUGCACUUAAACCUGCCUGCUGCCAUUCCUGAGCAAGUUCCGCACUGGUGGUGCCCCGAUCCCGCAGCUGAAUCAACUUUAGGAGACGGUCCUGGCGCUUGAUGGACUUUCUUGGGCGCCCUGAAGCCUUCUUCACAACAAUUGAACCUCUCUCCUUGAAGUUCUUGAUGAUCCGAUAAAUGGUUGAUUUAGGUGCAAUCUUACCAGCAGCAAUAUCCUUGCCUGUGAAGCCCUUUUUGUGCAAAGCAAUGAUGACGGCACGUGUUUCCUUGCAGGUAACCAUGGUUAACAGAGGAAGAACAAUGAUUUAAAGCACCACCCUCCUUUUAAAGCUUCCAGUCUGUUAUUCUAACUCAAUCAGCAUGACAGAGUGAUCUCCAGCCUUGUCCUCGUCAACACUCUCACCUGUGUUAACGAGAGAAUCACUGACAUGAUGUCAGCUGGUCCUUUUGUGGCAGGGCUGAAAUGCAGUGGAAAUGUUUUCUGGGGAUUAAGUUAAUUUUCAUGGCAAAGAGGGACUUUGCAAUUAAUUGCAAUUCAUCUGAUCACUCUUCAUAACAUUCUGGAGUAUAUGCAAAUUGCAAUCAUAAAAACUGAGGCAGCAGACUUUGUGAAAAUUUAUAUUUGUGUAAUUCUCAAAACUUUUGACCACGACUGUACAGAUCAGUGUUGGGUUAUAAAAAAUAUCAGAAACUUUGAACAUCCCAUGGAGCACCAUUAAAUUCAUUAUUAAAAUAUAGAAAGGAUAUGGCGCCACAACAAACCUGCCAAGAGAGGGCCACCCACCAAAACCCACGGACCAGGCAAGGAGGGCAUUAAUCAGAGAGGCAACAAAGAGACCAAAGAUAACCCUGAAGGAGCUGCAAAGCUCCACAGCGGAGAUUGGAGUGUCUGUCCAUAGGACCACUUUAAGCCGUACACUCCACAGAGCUGGGCUUUACGGAAGAGUGGCCAGAAAAAAAGCCAUUGCUUGAAGAAAGAAAUAAGCAAAUGCGUUUGGUCUUCGCCAAAAGCCAUGUGGGAGACUCCCCAAACAUAUGGAUGAAGGUACUCUGGUCAGAUGAGACUAAAAUUAAGCUUUUUGGCCAUCAAGGAAAAUGUCUGGUGCAAACCCAACACCUCUCAUCACCCUGAGAACACCAUCCCCACAGUGAAGCACGGUGGUGGCAACAUCAUGCUGCUGUGGAGAUGUUUUUCAUCGGCAGGGACUGAGAAACUGGUCAGAAAUGAAGGAAUGAUGGAUGGCGCUAAAUACAGGAAAAUUGGCGCCACAACAAACCUGCCAAGAGAGGGCCACCCACCAAAACCCACCAUUGCUUAAAGAAAGAAAUAAGCAAAUGCGUUUGGUCUUCGCCAAAAGCCAUGUGGGAGACUCCCCAAACAUAUGGAUGAAGGUACUCUGGUCAGAUGAGACUAAAAUUAAGCUUUUUGGCCAUCAAGGAAAAUGUCUGGUGCAAACCCAACACCUCUCAUCACCCUGAGAACACCAUCCCCACAGUGAAGCACGGUGGUGGCAACAUCAUGCUGCUGUGGAGAUGUUUUUCAUCGGCAGGGACUGAGAAACUGGUCAGAAAUGAAGGAAUGAUGGAUGGCGCUAAAUACAGGAAAAUUAUUGAGGGAAACCUGUUUCCGUCUUCCAGAGAUUUGAGACUGGGACGGAGGUUCACCUUCCAGCAGGACAAUGACCCUAAGCAUACUGCUAAAGCAACACUUGAGUUGUUUAAGGGGAAACAUUUACAUGUCUUGGAAUGGCCUAGUCAAAGGCCAGACCUCAAUUCAAUUGAGAAUCUGUGGUAUGACUUAAAGAUUGCUGUACACCAGCGGAACCCAUCCAACUUGAGGAAGCUGGAGCAGUUUUGCCUUGAAGAAUGGGCAAAAAUCCCAGUGGCUAAAUGUGCCAAGCUUAUAGAGACUUAUAGAUACCCCAAGAGACUUGCAGCUGUAAUUGCUGCAAUAGGUGGCUCUACAAAGUAUGCACACUCAAGUUUUUUUGUUUGUUUCACAAUGAAAAAUAUUUUGCAUCGUAGGCAUCUUGUGUAAAUCAAAUGAUACAAAAUAGGAAAAAUGCCAAGGGGGUGGUGAAUACUUUCGCAAGCCAAUGUAAUUAGUACAUUGGAUAUCUUAUUCACUCAGCGAGAUGGGAGCAAUUAGAACACUUUAUUACUUGAAACUGUUUGUCCAACCAUAGCCAUUUGUUGUGCUUAAUCUGAUUUAGUCUCAAAUGGAACCCUAUUCACUAUAUAAUGCACUACUCUAUGGGCCCUGGUCAAUAGGACACUAUAUAGGGAAUAGGGUGCCAUUUUGGUCAGACUUACUUUGAACUGUUUAUCUAAUCAAGAAGUUUUCCUAAGAUUGUCAUCGGCAGUAGACGAGGUGUAACUGAGGUGUGUGUGUAUGUGUGUGUGUGUUUCUGUGUGUAUGUGUAUCUGAGGUGGAACUGUAUAAAACAGUUCCUUCUUUCUCAUUUCCAGCACAAAUAAGUUCUACAUUCAGUUCAAGUCUUACAUUUUGCUGUAAUUAUGUCACUUAGCAGAUGUUUUUAUCCAAAGUCACUUACAGUGCAGUGAGUGCAUAAUGUUAUUAACAUGAGACAAGCACUGCUUAUGCAUGUGUUAUGUAUGGGUUAUGACGUUUUAUGAAGUCCUUAUGUAGGUACCCUUCAGAUAAAAUGUUACUGUUAUUGACAGCCAGAAUUCCAAUUUAUUUAGCCAGGAAAUCCCUUAUUUGUCAAGGGAAGGGGGAUACCUAGUCAGUUGCACAAAUGCAUUCCACUGAAAUGUGUCUUCUGCAUGCAACCCAACCGCUCUGAAUCAGAAGAGCUGCCUUAAUCGACAUCCACGGAGCAGUUGUUGUUGGGGGUUAACUGCCUUGCUAAAGAGCAGAACAGCAGAUUUUUCAAACUUGCCGGCUCAGGGACUCGAACCAGCGACCUUUUGGUUACUGGCACAACGCUCUUAACCGCUAGGCUAUCUGCCACCCCUAAGUUUCAGCUGAAAUGGCACCCUAUUCCAUAUAUAGUGAACUAGGGCCCAUGCACUACUUACAGUACUUUUGACCAGGGACCAUAUGGCUCUGGUCGAAAGUAGUGCACUAUAUAGGGAAUAGGGUGCCAUUUCAGACGUAGUAAGCUUUCGAACGCAAAUGAUUUCGGAAGCAGCCCAAGCUUCCAGAAUGUAUAUCCAGCAAUAUAUGUUAUGUCCACAUUAAAAUGUAUGUUAACUGUGUGCCCAGAGUGCAUGGAGCAACCCCAGACCCCCUGUGAGAUUGCUAGAGAUGCCGUGGACCCUAACUUGAUUGGAACCUUCAUCCCCCAGUGUGACAACACACCCCUCAGCAGUGCUGGGGCUCUACAGGUUACCACACACACACCCGCACAUAGAUUACCGUACCAGAAAUAGAUGAAGCCCCUAGAGUCGAUUUCCACGGCCCAGUAAACAUCUAAUUAGCAUAAUACAAUAAUCCUUAUCAAAAUCCGUCGGUUUAAGCUAGAGAUAUUCUUUUGCAUUGGUGCAUCUCAAUCCACCACAUCUGCCGAUGUCUGCUGUGAAAGUUGGCAGAGCUGAGGUGGUGUUUGUCAGACCAUGAGACAUCCAGAAAAUCAGUCUUCUCACGAAAACGUCUGUAGCGUCCGAACGGUUUGGCCUAAAACUAAUUGUUUCCUGAUAUCUAUCAGAUAUAGGACGGACACUUACAUUUUACAUUUUAGUCAUUUAGCAGACGCUCUUAUCCAGAGCGACUUACAGUUAGUGAGUGCAUACAUUUUCAUACUGCCCCCCCGUGAGAAACGAACCCACAACCCUGGCGUUGCAAGCGCCAUGCUCUACCAACUGAGCUACAGUGGACCUGUAGGACAAACCUCCUUUAGAUUUUUUGGGGGACUAUCUGUUGUUCCAUGCAUUGAAUGUGUUAUUCAUUGCGUUUAUAAGGGAUAAUAGCAGUAAGGCCAAAUUCAAUGUUUCAUCAAAUACAUGUGUAUAUAUUUUCUUAAUAUUUCAAGGGGUCUUAAAAUUAAAAAUCAAAGAGCUAAAUGAUCAUUGGUAUGACCUUCUUAAAACAAUUCCAUAUACCUUAGUAGACUAUGAACAGAACUAUGAAAUAACACAUAUGGAAUCAUGUAGUAACCAUGUUAAACGUUUGAGCCAAUCAGUUGUCUUGUGACAAGGUAGGGGUGAUAUACAGAAGAUAACUCUAUUUGGUAAAAGUCCAUAUUAUGGCAAGAACAGCUCAAAUAAGCAAAGAGAAACGACAGUCCAUCAUUAGUGCAGUCGCAAAAACCCUCAAGCGCUAUGAUGAAACUGGCUCUCAUGAGGACUGCCACAGGAAACACGAGCAAUGGACAUUAGACCGGUGGAAAUCUGUCCUUUGGUCUGAUGAGUCCAAAUUUUAGAUUUUUGGUUCCAACAGCCGUGUCUUUGUGAGACGCAGAGUAGGUGAACGGAUGAUCUCCCCAUGUGUGGUUCCCACCAUGAAGCAUGGAGGAGGAGGUGUGAUGGUGUGGGGGUGCACUUAACCUGAAUGGAUACCACAGCAUUCUGCAGCGAUACGCCAUCCCAUCUGGUUUGCGCUCAGUAGGACUAUCAUUUGUUUUUCAACAGGACAAUGACCCCAAAACACCUCCAGGCUGUGUAAGCGUUCUUCAUGAAACUGGUUGAGAGAAUGCCAAGAGUGUGCAAAGCUGUAAUCAAGGCUACUUUGAAGAAUCUCAAAUAUAAAAUAUAUUUAGAUUUGUUUAACACUUUUUUGGUUACUACAUGAUUCCAUAUGUGUUAUUUCAUAGUUUUGAUGUUUUCACUAUUAUUUUACAAGGUAAAACCCAUGAAUGUACUGUAUUUACAAACUAAAAAUGCACUCCAAAUUACCUUUCGUUUCAAAUGCUCAGCUGGUAGAGCACGGCGCUUGUAACGCCAAGGUAGUGGGUUCGAUCCCCGGGACCACCCGGGUUCGAUCCCCGGGACCACCCAUACACAAAAAAAUAAUAAUUUAUGCACACAUGACUGUACGUCGCUUUGGAUAAAAGCGUCUGCUAAAUGGCAUAUUAUCAUUAUUAUAUUAACAUGCUACAAUUGAAUUUGUGUUACAGUAAAAUGUGUUAUUGUGUAAAUAUUGUAUUUACAACACGUUUUUAAAGUUUUAUGUACAUUUCCGCUAGAUUACUGUUGGUGUGUGACCAGCACUGGACAGAAGAUCCCAGGUACUGAGUGUCCACCAGGCACUGCCCGAAUGAAUUCUGCACGUGCACACACACACACACUGACAGACACACACACGCACGCAAAGGCACAUACAGUCAAGCUCACACGCACCUGCACAUAGUCACUGUACGCACACACACAGAAUCCAAAUUACUUCAUUCGCAAAAUACAUGUGCACAUACCCGGAAUUUGACUUAGUGAAUAGGUGCAGCCAGUAGUAGACAAUGUACAAACAGAAUACAGACAGAAUACAGACUACAGAUGCACGCUGAAGAUCCCGGGUACUGAGAGUCCACCAGACACUGCUCGCUGUGAGAGUACAUGUAGGAGGAGUGUGUGUUUGUGUGCUUGUGUGUGUAUGUGUGUCUGUGUGUUUGACUUUACCUGUGUGCUUUGUAUCUAGAAUGCAAGGAGCGACCCCAAACCUGACAACCUGGCCCUCAUUUAAAAGCUUCUGGAAGUUUCACUUCAUUUUAUAUUAAGGUACAGAAAUGAAGUGAAACUUCCAGAAGCUUUAAAAUGAGGGCCAGGUUGUCAGGAUGGGUAAUCUACUGUAUAAGUACACAUUAAUUAAAAGUAAGUACCCCUCAAGAUACACUUCAUUUUAACUAGUGUCGUGAAUGAACCUUGUCAGUAUGGCCUGGUGACUCCAGUCUCCAGACAGAGCUAUGGUAACACUGAGAUGAAGAUGAAGAAGAAGCAGAAGAAGGACAGGAAGUGGCCUCAACCACAAGCUGGAGAGCAGCAAAACCCAGACAGAGACAGAGAGGAAAUGACUGUAUGCAGAUGAGGCGGCAGGUAGCUUAGUGGGUAAGCGUUUUGUGCCAGUAACUGAAAGGUUGCUGGUUCUGAGCCGACUAGGUGAAAAAUCUGUCAAUGUGCCCUUAAGCAAGGCACUUAACCCUAAUUGCUCAUGUAAGUCGCUCUGGAUAAGACUAAAAUCUUAUCCAAAGACUAAAUGACUAAAAUGUAAAAUGUAAAUGAUCCUCUGCCGGAGGGCGGAGGUUCAUCUUAUAUGGCGACACCCCUGUCAGAUCUAGACCCUGGGAUGGAGUUGGUGGGCCAUGAAACAGAUGACACCACGGAUUGUCAUCACCUACGAAGGAACCAAUGUGUUACCUGACUCUGUGUAGACAUCAUGUGUAAAGGAGACAAUGUUUUAUGUAACUUUGCUUAAAUGUCACGUGUAAGGGGGAGGAUGUCUUGUGUGGCUGUAGUCAAAGUAGGCAUGGGCUUGACAAUUAAGGGGUAUACAACCCAAUGUAAAAGAUGGGGAAAGGAGUGGAGCGGAGCAGAGAUACUGGGGAAGACAGAUCAGGAGCUGAUUGAUGUAUUAGACAUUAGAAAACUUUUGGGGUAAGUUAAGGUCAGAACUUGAUUGUUAUUGUUAGACAUUUUUGCAUUAUAAUUGCUACAGUGCAUUCGGAAAGUAUUCAGACCCCUUCACUUAUGUUACGUUACAGCCUUAUUCUACAAUUGAUUAAAUAGUUUUCCCCCCUCAUCAAGCUACACACAAUACCCCAUAAUGACAAAGCAAAAACAGGUUUUUAAAAACAAAUUUCUAAAAAUAAAAUAACAAAAAUAUCACAUUUGCAUAAAUAUUCAGACCCUUUACUCAGUACUUUGUUGAAGCACCUUUGGCAGCAAUUACAGCCUCAAGUCUUCUUGGGUAUGAUGCUACAAGCUUGGCACACCUGUAUUUGGGGAGUUUCUCCCAUUCUUCUCUGCAGAUUCUCUCAAGCUCUGUCAGGUUGGAUGGGGAGCGUCGCUGCACAGCUAUUUUCAGGUCUCUCCAGAGAUGUUCGAUUGGGUUCAAGUCCGGGCUCUGGCUGGGCCACUCAAGGACAUUCAGAGACAUUUGUCAAAGCCACUCCAGCAUUGUCUUGGCUGUGUUCUUAGGGUCGUUGUCCUGUUGGAAGGUGAACCUUCGCCACAGUCUGAGGUCCUGAGCGCUCUGGAACAGGUUUUCAUCAAGGAUCUCUCUGUACUUGCUUCGUUCAUCUUUCCCUCGAUCCUGACUAGUCUCCCAGUCCCUGCUGCUGAAAAACAUCCCCACAGCAUGAUGCUGCCACCACCAUGCUUCAACGUAGGGAUGGUAUUGGCCAGGUGAUGAGCGGUGCCUGGUUUCCUCCAGAUGUGACACUUGUCCAAAGAGUUCAAUCUUGUUUCUCAUGGUCUGAGAGUCCUUUCGGCAAACUCCAAGUGGGGAGUGGCUUUCGUCUGGCGACUCUACCAUAAAGGUCUGAUUGGUGGAGUGCUGCAGAGGAACUCUGGAGCUCCGUCAGAGUGACCAUUGGGUUCUUGGUCACCUCCCUGACCAAGGCCCUUCUUUCCCGGUUGCGCAGUUUGGCCGGGCGGCCAGCUCUAGGAAGAGUCUUGGUGGUUCCAAACUUCUUCCAUUUAAGAAUGAUGGAGGCCACUGUGUUCUUUAAAAAUUAUAUAUUUUUUUAGGGGGUAUAUCAGCUUAAAUGUUGCAGAUAGAUUGUAGCUUCUAUCAAUGUGAUUGUCUACAUCGUUUCCAAUCCCCUAUAUAUUUAUUUGUAACAUUUACAAUUCUUCAGCCAUUCCUGGACCUACGACCAAAAACAAGAUAGUACUAAAACAAAUGAUCUAAUGAUUCUGUCUCUUCGCAGCAAAAUCUGCAGAGCUAGGAUGGUUGUAUCCCCCAUAUACAGUGGGGAGAACAAGUAUUUGAUACACUGCCGAUUUUGCAGGUUUUCCUACUUACAAAGCAUGUAGAGGUCUGUAAUUUUUAUCAUAGGUACACUUCAACUGUGAGAGACGGAAUCUAAAACAACUAUCCAGAAAAUCACAUUGAAUGAUUUUUAAGUAAUUAAUUUGCAUUUUAUUGCAUGACAUAAGUAUUUGAUACAUCAGAAAAGCAGAACUUAAUAUUUGGUACAGAAACCUUUGUUUGCAAUUACAGAUAUCAUACGUUUCCUGUAGGUCUUGACCAGGUUUGCACACACUGCAGCAGGGAUUUUGGCCCACUCCUCCAUACAGACCUUCUCCAGAUCCUUCAGGUUUCGGGGCUGUCGCUGGGCAAUACGGACUUUCAGCUCCCUCCAAAGAUUUUCUAUUGGGUUCAGGUCUGGAGACUGGCUAGGCCACUCCAGGACCUUGAGAUGCUUCUUACGGCGCCACUCCUUAGUUGCCCUGGCUGUGUGUUUCGGGUCAUUAUCAUGCUGGAAGACCCAGACACGACCCAUCUUCAAUGUUCUUACUGAGGGAAGGAGGUUGUUGGCCAAGAUCUCGCGAUACAUGGCCCCAUCCAUCCUCCCCUGAAUACGGUGCAGUCGUCUAACCUAUAGGCCUUCAGUGUUUGGCAGGUUUGUGAUUCUGAAAGGACAGCAACUGUAAUACCAGCGCACUCAUGUAGGAGAGUGCACUUUUUUGUGAAACAAGGGCCCAGGGGUGUAGUGGAUUCUAUACGCAGGUAUAAACCCACUUUUGUUUCAGUGGGCAUUGCUUAUACUCACUCUUAAUCCCUAUUGAUGCGUAUCAAAGUAGUGUAGUGGAGGUAUACGACCUGUCAAUAAUGUAGUACAAUAGAGAAAUCAUGCACAAAGUUGCCUACACAACCGCAAAGCACAUGAAAUAUUAUUCACAUGCGUGCAGCACACAGCCUAGUUUCAGCGGAAUAUAAUCUGCAGGCAGCAAGAGUGUGCAGCUCUCAACUGGUUUUGGCAUGGAGCAGCUCACAGAAGAAUGACAUUGGUAGCCGGUAGGGUAGGAAGGUCGUUUCAACUUAUGAUAUCUACCAGUAAAUGCUAACUAAGGCAACAACGGCUAUGCAAACCAGGUAUCGAAGAAGUUUAGUCCGAAGUGUUGGUUAGUAGGCUAUUUUUGAUGCGCAAUUGUAAUCAUGCCUGUUUGCAUCAGGGGCGUAGACAUGGAUGGGCCUGGGUAGACAUAGGACCACCCACUGGGGAGCCAGGGCCUGACAGGCCCACCCAAUCACAUUGACGUGGUUUAAGCAUUGUUGUGGACUUUAGACCAUCACAUUUUUGUAUUUUUUCUAUAUAAAAGUGUGAUUUUGAGAGUGAAAAUCUGAAAACUCUAUAGGAAAAAAACAACAAAAAAACAUAGGAAAACAUAGUAUUUUCCAGACAGAGUGCCUUUCCUUCACUGGGCGGGCCAUUUGGGAACUUAUUGGCAAAAUCAGAGUAUACCCACUUCUCCAGGCACCACUACACCACUGCAUAGGGCCGAUGGAAAGACAGCAGUCGCACACAGCAUGAUGUUAACGGAUAAGCAGUCCAUAAACUCUGACAUAAUUAGCCAGUAAUUACUUCCCAUUGAAAAAAAAAAAUCACGUUUAGCACAAAAAGUAACCUGUGACCUAAAGUUUAAAGUGAAACUGACAGCGUUUUAACUACUUUGCAGAUAUGAAACAAACAGACAAUCAUAAUAUCAGUCAAUAAUAUCAAAUUCCCAGUUUAUGCUACAAAACCAACUACAUGAGGUUUUAAAAAUAGGUUAUAUUUGACGCAACGUUCCAUGACGUACACUAAGGCAUUGUUGGCAGAAUAGAUGGAUGCAGUUCAAUGCAUGAUUAGUAUAAUUCACCAAUAGAUUUCUUGGUACUCCAAAAAAUAUUGCUAUCAAGUUAUAAAUCACAGCUGGCCUGGUACAUUGUUUGCUUCCUCCAUUCGGGAUGCACUGUUUCAGUUUCAAUUACUCAAUAUUCUGGCCAAAAACGGAUCAAUGUAACUAAGGCUGGGAAUGUCAAUGCAAUCAAACUAGCAAAGGCAAUGAUCACAAGUCAGUCAUAACGUGGCUAAUAGGCUAGCGUAUCUAUUUAUGUAGCAAGCUAAAAACACGGAGCCUAACGUUAGCUAGAUAGCUAGCUAGCUGCUAGGAGGAUGUCAUGUCAUGCCAUUGGAGGAGUGUGGGAGUGACUGACUUUUUUGCCUCAUAUCGUUUUUCGCUGGCACAGCUAGAGAUGCAGGUGUCAUCUGGUUAGCUAGCAAGAACUUGAAAGACUGAUAUACAGUUAGAAUAUCUCUUGCGUUCGCAAAUUAUUCUAUCUACUCCGAUUUCAGAGAACUCUUGUCUGAGUGUGCCAGAGCGCAGAACAACUGAUGAAUUUACAAAUGCGCAAGACCUGCUGAAUAUGACCGGUGUCAGCAAACAUAGGCAAAAAAAGUUAUAGUUAGUCAAGAACGCUCUAGAUUAACAUGUAAACAGCCUAACCAGCUAUGCUACGGCGAGUACAAUGGUCAGAGUGAGGUGUUCUCUCAUUUUUGUCUGGUAGUAGCUAGCUAGAAAGCUAGCCAACUUUAGCCAGUUAGCUUGAGUGCUUGGUUGGGACAAGCAUGCAUUGGCUGACAAGCUGCAGAAGGACGAGGAGGCUACAAUUCCCCAUCAUUUAUCAGUGGAAUUUUGACAGCCAACUAGCUGAAAAGGUUUGAGAGGGUUUAUCUAAUGUUCCUUCGUUAGAUUUUUAGCUCAUCUUGCUCUUGCUAGCAUUAGUUGUUGAUCUUGUUGUAGUUGAUGUGCAUAACUGAGGGGGAGAGAGCCUACCUUUUCAUGGUUGUUUGAUCAAUAGGACUGUAAAGUUCCCAAAUGUAAAAGGACUCCCGUGGUGUUUACAUAUUUGCAGGAAUCCAUUCCGGUGCAUUUUGUGGCUUUUAGUAAAUGCAUUCUAAUAAUAUAAAGUCACCCUGUUGCAACUGCCUGUAAACACACAGUCCAGUUCAAAGUGAAUGAUGGCAGGCCCUUGUGGCAAAUGGUUAGCUGUGAUUGGCUAUAGCGCACCGGUCUGUGUAGACUCCGGUCCUAGACAAGACAGAUGUUUUUAUUCUGUUUUAUUUACUGCAGUGUCUAUUAAUUGUUCUAACUCACAGCCACUUUCCCACUCUAUAUUGCUAUAGAAUUUUCACAAAUGCCUUGUAAUUUCAAAACAUUCUAAGAAUUUAUGGAAAUGUGAAAAUGACCAUAUCUAAGUGGUCGUUUGUCAGAUUUUUUAAAAAUUAAGUUUCAUAUUCUUCCUCGGGGUGUACACAACUGGUCAAACGUUUUAGAACACCUACUCAUUCAAGGGUUUUUCUUUAUUUUUACUAUUUUUUACGUUGUAGAAUAAUAGUGAAGACAUCAAAACUAUGAAAUAACACAUGUAGUAACCAAAAAAGUGUUAAACAUAUAUUUGAUAUUUGAUAUUCUUCAAAUAGCCACCCUUUGCCUUGAUUACAGCUUUGCACACUCUUGGCAUUCUCUCAACCAGCUUCAUGAGGUAGUCACCUGGAAUGCAUUUCAGUUAACAGGUGUGCCUUCUUAAAAGUUAAUUUGUGGAAUUUCUUUCCUUCUUAAUGCAUUUGAGCCAAUCAGUUGUGCUGUGACAAGGUAGGGGUGGUAUACAGAAGAUAGCCCUAUUUGGUAAAAGACCAAGUCCAUAUUAUGGCAAGAACUGCUCAAAUAAGCAAAUUGAAACGACAGUCCAUCAUUACUUUAAGAGAUGAAGGUAAGUCAACACUGAACAUUUCAAGAACUUUGAAGGUUUCUUCAAGUGCAGUCGCAAAAACCAUCAAGCUCUAUGAUGAAACUGGCUCUCAUGAGGACCGCCACAGGAAUGAAAGACCCAGAGUUACCUCUGCUGCAGAGGAUAAGUUCAUUAGAGUUACCAGCCUCAGAAAUUGCAGCCCAAACAAAUGCUUCACAGAGUUCAAGUAACAGACACAUCUCAACAUCAACUGUUCAGAGGAGACUGUGUGAAUCAGGCCUUCAUGGUCGAAUUGCUGCAAAGAAACCACACCUAAAGGACACCAAUAAGAAGAAGACACUUGCUUGGGCCAGGAAAUACAAGCAAUGGACAUUAGACCGGUGGAAAUUUGUCCUUUGGUCUGGAGUACAAAUUUGAGAUUUUUGGUUCAAACCGCUGUGUCCUUGUGAGAUGCGGUGUGGGUGAACGGAUGAUCUUUGCAUGUGUAGUUCCCACAGCAAAGCAUGGAGGAGGAGGUGUUAUGGUGUGGGGGUGCUUUGCUGGUGACACUGUCUGUGAUUUAUUUAGAAUUCAAGGCACACUUAACCAGCAUGGCUACCACAGCAUCCUGCAGCGACACGCCAUCCCAUCUGGUUUGGGCUUAGUGGGACUAUCAUUUGUUUUUCAACAGGACAAUGACCCAACACACCUCCAGGCUGUGUAAGGGCUAUUUUACCAAGAAGGAGAUUGAUGGAGUGCUGCAUCAGAUGACCUGGCCUCCACAAUCCCCCGACCUCAACCCAACUGAGAUGGUUUGGGAUGAGUCGGACGGCAGAGUGAAGGAAAAGCAGCCAACAAGUGCUUAGCAUAUGUGGGAACUCCUUCAAGACUGUUGGAAAAGCAUUCCAGGAGAAGCUGGUUGAGAGAAUGCCAAGAGUGUGCAAAGCUGUCAUCAAGGCAAAGGGUGGCUAUUUGAAGAAUCUCAAAUAUAAAAUAUAUUUUGAUUUGUUUAACACUUUUUUGGUUACUACAUGAUUCCAUAUGUGUUAUUUCAUAGUUUUGAUGUCUUCACUAUUAUUCUACAAUGUAAAAAAUAGUAAAAAUAAAGAAAAACCCUUGAAUGAGUAGGUGUGUCCAACCUUUUGACUGGUACUGUACAGUGGGGAGAACAAGUAUUUGAUACACUGCCAAUUUUGCAGGUUUUCCUACUUACAAAGUAUGUAGAGGUCUGUAAUUUUUAUCAUAGGUACACUUCAACUGUGAGAGACGGAAUCUAAAACAAAAAUCCAGAAAAUCACAUUGUAUGAUUUUAAGUAAUUAAUUUGCAUUUUAUUGCAUGACAUAAGUAUUUGAUACAUCAGAAAAGCAGAACUUAAUAUUUGGUACAGAAACCUUUGUUUGCAAUUACAGAGAUCAUACAUAUCCUGUAGGUCUUGACCAGGUUUGCACACACUGCAGCAGGGAUUUUGGCCCACUCCUCCAUACAUACCUUCUUCAGAUCCUUCAGGUUUCGGGGCUGUCGCUGGGCAAUACAGACUUUCAGCUCCCUCCAAAGAUUUUCUAUUGGGUUCAGGUCUGGAGACUGGCUAGGCCACUCCAGGACCUUGAGAUGCUUCUUACGGAGCCACUCCUUAGUUGCCUUGGCUGUGUGUUUCGGGUCGUUGUCAUGCUGGAAGACCCAGCCACAACCCAUCUUCAAUGCUCUUACUGAGGGAAGGAGGUUGUUGGCCAAGAUCUCGCGAUACAUGGCCCCAUCCAUCCUCCCCUCAAUACGGUGCAGUCGUCCUGUCCCCUUUGCAGAAAAGCAUCCCCAAAGAAUAAUGUUUCCACCUCCAUGCUUCACGGUUGGGAUGGUGUUCUUGGGGUUGUACUCAUCCUUCUUCUUCCUCCAAACACGGCGAGUGGAGUUUAGACCAAAAAGCUCUAUUUUUGUCUCAUCAGACCACAUGACUUUCUCCCAUUCCUCCUCUGGAUCAUCCAGAUGGUCAUUGGCAAACUUCAGACGGGCCUGGACAUGCGCUGGCUUGAGCAGGGGGACCUUGCGUGCGCUGCAGGAUUUUAAUCCAUGACGGCGUAGUGUGUUACUAAUGGUUUUCUUUGAGACUGUGGUCCCAGCUCUCUUCAGGUCAUUGACCAGGUCCUGCGGUGUAGUUCUGGGCUGAUCCCUCACCUUCCUCAUGAUCAUUGAUGCCCCACGAGGUGAGAUCUUGCAUGGAGCCCCAGACCGAGGGUGAUUGACCGUCAUCUUGAACUUCUUCCAUUUUCUAAUAAUUGCGCCAACAGUUGUUGCCUUCUCACCAAGCUGCUUGCCUAUUGUCCUGUAGCCCAUCCCAGCCUUGUGCAGGUCUACAAUUUUAUCCCUGAUGUCCUUACACAGCUCUCUGGUCUUGGCCAUUGUGGAGAGGUUGGAGUCUGUUUGAUUGAGUGUGUGGACAGGUGUCUUUUAUACAGGUAACGAGUUCAAACAGGUGCAGUUAAUACAGGUAAUGAGUGGAGAACAGGAGGGCUUCUUAAAGAAAAACUAACAGGUCUGUGAGAGCCGGAAUUCUUACUGGUUGGUAGGUGAUCAAAUACUUAUGUCAUGCAAUAAAAUGCAAAUGAAUUACUUAAAAAUCAUACAAUGUGAUUUUCUGGAUUUUUGUUUUAGAUUCCGUCUCUCACAGUUGAAGUGUACCUAUGAUAAAAAUUACAGACCUCUACAUGCUUUGUAAGUAGGAAAACCUGCAAAAUCGGCAGCGUAUCAAAUACUUGUUCUCCCCACUGUAUGUGUGUCUGUGACUUUAUGCUUUGUAUCUAGAGUGCAAGGAGAGACCCCAGACCCCCUGUGAGAUUGCUAGAGAUGCCGUGGGCCGUAACUUGAUUGGAACCUUCAUCCCCCAGUGUGACAACCAGGGACAAUACACCCCUCAGCAGUGCUGGGGCUCUACAGGUUACCACACACAUACACAAGCACACACACACACACGUUACCCUACUGAACAUUUCACACAAGAUUAACCCAUUCCUUUUGCAGUCCUGACAUGCUCCAAUCCAUGGCAUGUGAAAUGUCUUGAUAACCUGUUUCCCAAACAUUUGAAUGUAUUUAGGAACUAAAAAUGCACUCCAGACUUGCUUUUCAGGUGUUAGUGAAAGCAAAGACGCAGUUAAAUGCUUUUUCAAUUCAAUUUGUGUUACAGUAAAAUAUGGGUAACACUUCAUUUUAAGGGGUAAUUAUUCCUGUAUUGUAGUUAAUUGUAACAACUCAUAGUUACAGUGUAAUAACAACAUGUCACUGGUAGAAAAUGCGGUAUGUAAUUAUAGAGGUGUAACAAUGAAGACUUAUUACCAUGCUUGUUACAAAUGGGCAGGUUUCCACUAAAAUCACCAACGUAAUGUAAGAACUGUCACAAAGGUUUUGAUCCCUCGUGGAUGAGCUGGAUGUCUGAGAGAUUAUAGCCUAUGCUCAAUAGGCUCUAAUUACUUACCGUUGAAUGAGCACUGUUCAAACUAUAUCUCCGCUCAGUAUUGUUGCAAGCACUUUCCCUCAAAACAAAGUUUACCAUCUGGGAUAACUUGGUUGUGCUGGUAAAAAGAGAUCAGUAGGUCAACCUCACUGACUGGGAUCUAAUAUGGGUGGCAUCCCAGAUGAGGAAAAACACACUUUUUCAAAGCACAGACAAGUAAUGUUUGCCUAAGUACAAUGUAAUUGCUAGUUGUUACACAGGAUUUAGCAAAUGAAAAUGAAAUGUAUCUUGAGGGGUACUUACUCGUAAUUAAUGGGUAUGGAAGUUUCACUUCAUUUCACAAUAAGGUACAGAAAUGAAGUGAAACUUCCAGAAGCUUUCAAAUGAGGGCCAGGUUGUCAGGAUGUGUAAUCUACUGUAUAAGUACACAUUAAUUACAAGUAAGUACCCCUCAAGAUACACUUCAUUUAAACUAGCUAAAUCCUGUGUAACACCUAGCAAUUACAUUGUAUUUAGGCAAACAUUACUUGUCUGUGCUUUGAAAAAGUGUGUUUAAAAAAAAAAAAUCUCAUCUGGGAUGACCAAUUUAACCUGAUGGUACACUUUAUUUUGGUGGCAAGUGUUAGCAAUAACGUUGAGUGGAGAUACAUUUUCAACAGUGCACAUUUAUUGUUAAGUAAUUAGAGCCUUUUGAGCAUAAUCUCUCGGACACCCAGCUCAUCCAUGAGGGUCACAACCUUGGUGACAGUUGUUACUGAAUCGGAUGCCGCUGACAAGAAACAAAACACUACGUUUGGGAAUUUAGUGGAAACCUGCCCACUUCUAACAAGCCUGGUAACAAGGAAUCAUUGUUACACUUUUGUAAUUACGGACCGCAAUUGCUACCAGUUACAUGUUGUUAUUACAGUGUAACUAUUUAAUCUUACAGUUAACUACAAAUAUUGUUACAGUGUAAAUACACAUGUAAUUACAUUUUAAUAAGGAUCUAUUAAAAGGAAGCGUUACCUAAAUGUGUUAGUGUGUAAAUAGUCUUUAUAACACGCGUUAACAUGUACAUUUCUGCUAGGUUACUGUUGGUGUGUGACCAGCACUAGACAGAAGAUCCCAGGUAAUGAGCGUCCACCAGGACAAUGCAAAUAGUCCCGGUAGCCAUGAUUAGCUGUUGAGGAGUCUUAUGGCUUGGAGGUAGAAGCUGUUAAGAAGCCUUUUGGACCUAGGCUUGGCGCUCCGGUACCGCUUACGUGCGGUAGCAGAGAGAACAGUCUAUGACAAUUUUUAGGGCCUUCCUCUGACACCGCCUGGUAUAGAGGUCCUGGAUUGCAGGAAGCUUGGCCCCAGUGAUGUACUGGUCCGUACGCACUACCCUCUGUAGUGCCUUGCGGUCGGAGGUCGAGCAGUUGCCAUACCAGGCAGUGAUGCAACCAGUCAGGAUGCUCUCGAUGGUGCAGCUGUAUAACUUUUUGAGGAUCUGACGACCCAUGCCAAAUCUUGUCAGUCUCCUGAGGGGGAAUAGGUUUUGUCGUGCCCUCUUCACGACUGUCUUGGUGUGUUUGGACCAUGAUAGUUUGUUGGUGAUGUGGACACCAAGGAACUUGAAGCUCUCAACCUGUUCCACUACAGCCCUGUCGAUGAGAAUGGGGGCGUGCUCGGUCCUCUUCUUUUUCCUGUAGUCCACAAUCAUCUCCUUUGUCUUGGCACCACACGGCCAGGUCUCUGAUCUCCUCCCUAUAGGCUGUCUCAUCGUUGUCGGUGAUCAGGCCUACCACUGUUGUAUCGUCGGCAGACUUAAUGAUGGUGUUGGAGUCGUGCCUGGCCAUGCAGUCAUGGGUGAACUGGGAGUACAGGAGGGGACUGAGCACGCACCCUUGAGGGGCCCCCGUGUUGAAGAUCAGCGUGGUAGAUGUAUUGUUACCUACCCUUACGACCUGGGGGGCGGCCCGUCAGGAAGUCCAGGAUCCAGUUGCAGACGGAGGUGUUUAGUCCCAGGGUCCUUAGCUUAGUGAUGAGCUUUGAGGGCACUAUGGUGUUGAACGCUGAGCUGUAGUCAAUGAACAGCAUUCUCACGUAGGUGUUCCUCUUGUCCAGGUGGGAAAGGGCAGUGUGGAGUGCAAUAGAGAUUUUAUCAUCUGUGGAUCUGUUGGGCGGUAUGCAAAUUGGAGUGGGUCUAGGGUUUUUGGGAUAAUAGUAUUCAUGUGAGCCAUGACCAGCCUUUCAAAGCACUUCAUGGCUACAGAUGUGAGUGCCACGGGUCGGUAGUCAUUUAGGCAGUUUAUCUUGUGUUCUUUGGCACAGGGACUAUGGUGGUCUGCUUGAAACAUGUUGGUAUUACAGACUCAGUCAGGGACAUGUUGAAAAUGUCAGGGAAGACACUAGCCAGUUGGUCAGCGCAUGCUCGGAGUACGCGUCCUUGUAAUCCAUCUGGCCCUGCGGCCUUGUGAAUGUUGACCUGCUUAAAAGUCUUACUCACAUCGCCUACGGAGAGCGUGAUCACAUAGUCAUUCGGAACAGCUAAUGCUCUCAUGCGUGCUUCAGUGUUGCUUGCCUCGAAGCGAGCAUAGGAGUGAUUUAGCUCGUCUGGUAGGCUUGUGUCACUGGGCAGCUGUGCUUCCCUUUGUAGUCUGUAAUAGUUUGCAAGCCCUGCCACAUCCGUCGGAGCCGGUGUAGUACGAUUCGAUCUUAGUCCUGUAUUGACUCUUUGCAAUUGAGAUGGUAAAAACAGAUCAGUAGGUCAACUUUACUGACUGGGAUCUAAUAUGGGUGGCAUCCCAGAUGUGGAAAAAUACACUAUUUCAAAGCAUAGUACAUGUAAUGUUUGCUUAAGUACAAUGUAAUUGCUAGUUGUUAGAUUUAUCUCAUUAAAAUGAAGUGUAUUUUGAGGGGUACUUACUUGUAAUUAAUUUGCACGCAUACAGGACAUUACCCAUCCUGACAACCUGGCCCUCAUUUGAAAGCAUCUGGAAGUUUCACUUCAUUUCACAAUAAGGUACAGAAAUGAAGUGAAACUUCCAGAUGCUUUCAAAUGAGGGCCAGGUUGUCAGGAUGGGCAAUGUUCUGUAUGCAUACAAAUUAAUUACAAGUAAGUACCCCUCAAAAUACACUUAAUUUUAAUGAGAUAAAUCUUGUGUAACAACUAGUAAUUACAUUGUACUUAAGCAAACAUGACAUGUACUAUGCUUUGAAAUAUUGUGUUUUUCCUCAUCUGGGUUGACCAAUUUAACCUGAUGGUCCACUUUAUUUUGGUGGCAAGUGUUAGCAGUAACGUUGAGUGGAGAUAUAUUUUCAACAGUGUACGUUUAUGUUUAAGUAAUUAGUGCCUUUUGAGCAUAAUCUCUCGGACACCCAGCUCAUCCAUGAGGGUCACAACCUUGGUGACAGUUGUUACUGAAUCGGAUGCAGCUGACAAGAAACAAAACACUAAGUUUGUGAAUUUAGUGGAAACCUGCCCACUUCUAACAAGCCUGGUAAUAAGGAAUCAUUGUUACACCUUUGUAAUUACGGACCGCAAUUGCUACCAGUUACAUGUUGUUAUUACAGUGUAACUAUUUAUUCUUAGUUAACUAAAAUACUUGUUACAGUUUAAAUACACAUGUAAUUACACUGUAAUAAAGACCUAUUAAAAGGAAGCGUUACCAAAAUGUGUUAGUGUGUAAAUAGUCUUCAUAAGACGUUUUUAACACGCGUUAACAUGUACAUUUCCAGUACAUUACUGUUGGUGUGUAGCACUGGACAGAAGAUCCCGGGUAUGGAGUGUCCACCAGGCACUCCCCGCAUCAACUGUUUAGGUACACAGACACACACACACACACAGUCACGAUCACACACAGUCAAGCAAACAUGCACAUAGUCACUGCACACACACACAGAAGUUCCCGAGUACUGAGAGUCCACCAGACACUGCUCGCUGUGAGAGGACAGGUAGGAGGAGUGUGUGUUUGUGUGUAAGUAAGUAUUUGCGUGUGUGUAUGUGUGUGACUUUACCCUUGUGCUUUAUAUCUAGAGUGCAAGGAGCGACCCCAGACCCCCUGUGAGAUUGCUAGAGAUGCCGUGGACCCUAACUUGAUUGGAACCUUCAUCCCCCAGUGUGUCAACCAGGGACAAUACACCCCUCAGCAGUGUUGGGGCUCUACAGGUCAAAUCAAAUCAAAUCAAAUGUUUUUUGUCGCAUAA